AUGACCAAGUGGCUGAACAACAUCUGGCCGGCAAACCAGGUUGCGGAGUACAUGAAGGAGACUACGAUCCAGAGGGCUCAGUGGAUCAGACAGAAUGGGGCCAAGACAGUCGAGAUAGUCAGAGAGUAUCUACGUCUGCUGGAUACUCCAGGCAUGGUGGGUACAUUGUUUUUACAAAAACAUUAGAUUAACUAGCCUGGCUGACAUGACCCAUGUGACUCACAGCACAGGGAGAGCUGUGACCACACUGAUCUGGAUAGGAGGCUGUUUGUUAAUGCAAUAUUUGCCAAUAAAUAGUGCAACAGGGUUUGAUUGGUUCUCUCUAGGGCUGUGGUGGUCACGGAAUUGUCAGCCGGUGAUUGUCAAGCAAAUAAUUGACCGUUAAUUAACAUAAACACAUUUAGCAUCUCCUGGCUUCCACACAUAGCAUACAAGCCACUGAUGCAGACCUUAAAAAGUCUAAUAAAUUCAUGUAAUAUAGCCUACACCUUCACAGUAAAUCCAUUAUUUAUUUUAGACAGGUCUAAAGAAGCAUGAUAUGAAGAAAAUGUAGUCUAUUUCAGAAGAAAAGAAUAGCAUACUCUGAGUUGUCCUUAUGUUAGGUCCUGAUGUGGCUAUGCCAAAUGGCUGUGUGCUACACUAGUUCAUUUAGCAGACAAGAUGUGCUUAGAAUUCUGUGGCAUUAUUUUUAUUAUUUUAUAGUAUGAAGAAUACAAUUGAACAAAGCUGAAUAAAAUAUAAAUAUUUUCUCCAAACGAUUUGAGGGAGUGCGCACAUGCGGCUAUUCUGUGUUGAGCAGACAACAAAGAAAUAGGUACUCCUAUAUGCUUAAUUUAGAGUUAUUAAUGUAACUUUAAUUGUUCUACAAACGUUGGGCUAUAUGUUUUGAUUUUUAAUACAUUGUAAGGCUGCAUGAUGCGACUCUAAUGAUGAUUUGAAAAAAGUUGCUUGAAAGGCAUGCGCUCUGCAUAGUUUUUUUGUGCAGGCUGUACACACUACAUCAGUCACUCAUUCACAAUUUGACAAGCACUUGAUAAUGCCUAGAAUUUCACGGCGGCAUCCCCUUUGUGGCCGUAAUGCACCCUAAAAAAAUCUAUGCCUUUUGCGGCCAGUGGCCGUUGUGCUCUUCUCCCUGAGUGCUGAGUGCUCUGAAUCACCUCUCACUCACAUGGCUCUCCAUCACAUGAUCGAGUCUUUCUCACAGUCUACAAGUAUGAAAAAUAAAUAUAUAUACUGUAUGUAUGCACUCACUAACUGUAAGUCGCACUGGAUAAGAGUGUCUGGUAAAUGACUAAAAUGUAAAAUGUAAGACAGACAUAUCGGGGAUGACGUGCAUAUUGAUGAUAUUGGAAGAACUGUCCACAUUUACUUUUCGUCAGCCAACAAGAUGAGUAGGCCUAACGAACAGUAAAAGCACUAGCCUAUGUCAAUCUACUAUCCCCCAUAGUACAAAAGCCGACCUAUUCUAUUCUGUGCGAGAAAUACAUAUUCCAAACAUAGGCUGGGACAGUUGUGGGAUGUGAUAGAUCCCAAAUUAAUACAACUACUAGCAUCAAAAAACCUUUUUUACGCAAUGUGGCUGAAUCAACUGAUCAGAACGUUUAGCUUAAAAUGUUGAAAAACUACUAGGCUAGUUCUUCACAUUAUAAGCGCAGCAAUGCGCACAUGGUAGUUGGCUAUAAGCGCAAAUGUUCCAUUAGCGGAAAAAAACAUUAUCAAAAGUGCCUGCAAAUGCAAUUAUGCAUGUAAUGCUUUUAUUAUAAAGGUGCAUUGAUAUGGUGAAAAUUAUCUUCCCCAAACUUGAAACUCAUGCGCUGUUUAUGUAUGCCAGUUAGGCUCUACACCCCUUGUAAAGCGGAUUAAUGUGCUUAAUUUGAAUAAGUUAUUUGGCCACUUUAGUUGUGAUACAAACCUUAUCAAAACAUAUAGGCCAAUGGACUAGGCUACAUGAGGUGUGUGACUAUGAUUCAAAAAAGUUGCAAAAAAAAGGCAUUGUUUCUUAUGCUGGGCAUCAUUCACAAGUGAUAAUAUAUAAUUCACAAGUUAUAGGCUAAUAUUGUCACCCAGCAGACUAUUCUUGAUUUAAUAUUGUCUUUACAUAUACUAAAUGAUAUAUGUGUGAAAUUUGUUUUGAUUUAGAAUGGACCAUUAUCAUGCACCUGUGUCGAAACAGGGGCAGCGGGAAAAAAUACAUGCACUUACAGUUGAAAUCGGAAGUUUACAUACACUUAGGUUGGAGUCAUUAAAACUCGUUUUUCAACCACUCCACAAAUUUCUUGUUAACAAACUAUAGUUUUGGCAAGUCGGUUAGGACAUCUACUUUGUGCAUGACACAAGUAAUUUGUUUACAGACAGAUUAUUUCACUUAUAAUUCACUGUAUCACAAUUCCAGUGGGUCAGAAGUUUACAUACACUAAAUUAACUGUGCCUUUAAACAGCUUGUAAAAUUCCAGAAAAUGAUGUCAUGGCUUUAGAAGCUUCUGAUAGGCUAAUUGACAUCAUUUGAGUCAAUUGGAGGUGUACCUGUGGAUGUAUUUCAAGGCCUACCUUCAAACUCAGUGCCUCUUUGCUUGACAUCAUGGGAAUAUCAGCCAAGACCUCACAAAAAAAUGCCUGAAGGUACCACGUUCAUCUGUACAAACAAUAGUACGCAAGUAUAAACAGCAUGGGACCACGCAGCCGUCAUCCCGCUCAGGAAGGAGACGCGUUCUCCUAGAGAUGAACGUACUUGGUGCGAAAAGUGCAAAUCAAUCCCAGAACAACAGCAAAGGACCUUGUGAAGAUACUGGAGGAAACAGGUACAAAAUUAUCUAUAUCCACAGUAAAACGAGUCCUAUAUCGACAUAACCUGAAAGGCCGCUCAGCAAGGAAGAAGCCACUGCUCCAAAACCGCAAUAAAGAAGCCAGACUACGGUUUGCAACUGCACAUGGGGACAAAGAUCAUACUUUUUUGAGAAAUGUCCUCUGGUCUGAUGAAACAAAAAUAGAACUGUUUGGCCAUAAUGACCAUCGUUAUGUUUGGAGGAAAAAGGGGCGGCUUGCAAGCCGAAGAACACCAUCCCAACUGUGAAGCAUCAUGCUGUGGGGGUGCUUUGCUGCAGGAGGGACUGAUGCACUUCACAAAAUAGAUGGCAUCAUUACAUUUACAUUUUUACAUUUGAGUAAUUUAGCAGACGCUCUUAUCCAGAGCGACUUCCAAUUAGUGAGUGCAUACAUUUUUCAUACUGGCCCCCGUGGGAAACGAACACACAACCCUUGCAUUGCAAGCGCCAUGCUCUACCAACUGAGCUACAGGAGGGCCAAUCAUGAAGAUUAUGUGGAUAUAUUGAAGCAACAUCUCAAGAUAUCAGUCAGGAAGUUAAAGCUUGGUCGCAAAUGGGUCAUCCAAAUGGACAAUGACCCCAAGCAUACUUCCAAAGUUGUGGCAAAAUGGCUUAAGGACAACAAAGUCAAGGUAUUGAAGUGGCCAUCACAAAGUCCUGACCUCAAUCCUAUAGAAAAUGUGUGGGCAGAACUGAAAAAGCGUGUGCGAGCAAGGAGGCCUACAAAUCGGACUCAGUUACACCAGCUCUGUCAGGAGGAAUGAGCCAAAAUUCACCCAACUUAUUUGUGGAAGGCUACCCAAAACGUUUGACCCAAGUUAAACAAUUUAAAGGGAACGCUACCAGGAAUGCCAUACUCCUGUUGUAAAUGUCAGCAAUGUGCUUAAUAGUAGGAAAGUUGAGAAAUAAAUAUAGUAGGCCUAGCCUAUAGAAAGCUGAUGGGAUCCUCCUCUUUUUAGUAGAGGCCAUCACUCUGUUUUCUCGCGCAAUUGCAUAGCCUAUGGAAAUGUUGCGCAACAUGAGCUCAUGGGCUCUCAUUAAGAUUUUGAUUAGAUUUUCGAUACAUUUGCAUUGAUGUCAGAGUGAUUAGAGGGAAAAUAGGGUGCUGAGUACCAAGCAGUUAACAAGUUUGGUAGGCUACUAAUGACCAUCAACAGCAUUAGAGCUUGGUGAAGCCUAAUUACCAUGACUAAACGGUCACGUGGAAUUUGACUGCCUUCAUGACUUGUGGCGGUUAUACGGUCACCGCAACAGCCCUCACUGCAACAGCCCUAGUUCUCUCAAAGUUUUUUUUUUUAUUCCUUAGGGUUGAGACCUCUCAUUUUUGGGAUUUAAAAAAUCCAACGAUUGUAAAAGAAGGGGGCGACACUCAGGGGCAUUGUGUGUUUGAGUGAGAAAGACAGAGGAGCGCCAACCAGUAAAAGCACAGCCCCCUUCAUUAUUGACACAUUGUGCCGGCAACAUCAAAGAGCCAUUCCAGACUCUGAAGUCAGGAGUACUUCAAUAGUUAGAUGUUAGCCAGACUAGUGAUUAACUGCAAUGGAAAAGUAAUUGUUUGGCUACAACAUAACAACAUUUGAAGUCAUAUGGGGCAGAGUCUCACAAUAAUUAGAAACAGCAUUGGGUGUGGAUACGGUGGGAACGUGUGGAUUUGAGGAAGUGUGAUGUCAUUAAUGUUUGUGGAUAUGUACGUAAAGGUUAAGUUGUCUGUUAAUUUUGUCAAUGUAUGUUUUUGUUUGUCAAAAAAACAAAAAGUUAAAUAAAAUAUUACAAAAAAAGUAAUUGUCUGCUUUGUGUGUUGGCUCUUGGGGACUGCUCACAGGUGUUUACAGUCAUUAGUGGACUGGCAUUGGAGCAAGGUACAUUGCUUGGGGCACAGGGUGUGUGCUUCAUGUCUUAUUAUGUAUUUGAUAUCAACUUUCCCACUGUGCCUCUGCAUGGGAAGUUCUACAGACCACGGUGUAUCAGCUGCCAGGAACAGAAUCACUCACAGUAAGACUGAUGCGAACAUGUCUUUUUUCCACUGAACAAUAGUGGAUAAGUAUCUGCUCUUGUAUGUAGUGUGAGAAGUGACAGGAGGAAGCAGAUCAAUGGAUGGAUGGAUGAGCCAUGAGUGUGUCAUUCUAAUGCUUUUAUGCUCUUAAGGCACUAUUUAUAGCUCUGUUAAAUUGACUUUUUUUAUGUAUUUGGGCCUGCUUUUUGCCUACAGUACAGUAUGUGGCUCAUUUGCCUUUAGUUCAACUACUGAAGAAUGUUCUGGUAUGCUUUCAUUCUAUCACAACAAUUUAUUUUAAAUACAAAUGUUACGUGUAGUCCCCUGAGUGGCGCAGUGGUCUAAGGCGCCGCAUCGCAGUGCUAACUGUGCCACUAGAGAUCCUGGUUCGAAUCCAGGCUCUGUCGCAGCCGGCCGCGACCGGGAGACUCAUGGGCGGCGCACAAUUGGCCCAGGGUAGGGGAGGGAAUGGCCGGCAGGGAUGUAGCUCAGUUGAUAGAGCAUGGCGUUUGCAACGCCAGGGUUGUGGGUUCGAUUCCCACGGGGGGCCAGUAAAAAAUAUAUAUAUAUGUAUUCACAAACUGUAAGUCGCUCUGGAUAAGAGCAUCUGCUAAAUGACUUAAAUGUAAAUGUGUUGGGGAUUGUGAAAAGUACUUUAUGAAUGAAAUACAGUUAUUAAGUAAUGAGUCAUUAGUCCAUGUCCUUAGUAGAGUGACCUUCGAAUGUAAUAUUUUACACUUGUUCUGUAUAACAAUGUUUUAACUGAACCCAAAUGUACACCAUUAUUGUAUGGAAAAACAUCAUGGUGUGUGUGUGCUGUCACCUAAGAUAGCCAAAGUGUGUCAGUGAAUGUGAAUAUCCAUUGAUUAGCUCUGGCACUGUCUGAUUGACAGAUCUGUGUUAAUACCGCUUAAGACAGACAGUGUCACACGCACGCAUGCUUUGUUUUUCACAGAUUCCAAUCUGAUUGUGCACAUCAAGUUCAACUGAGGCUUUAGUCUGAUGUUUGGACUGUUUAGUUCAUGACCUAAUAUAAAUACAUUCUAAUAAUUAAUCAUAUCUUAUGAAAUCUUAUCUUAUCUUGUAAAAUAAUACAUAUUUAGACAAUAUGGCUUUGUUUCAAUAUGCUAAUUUAAAAAGGUAUAUAUUCUUGUACAUUCUGUGACGUGAUGUAUGUUCUGAAAUGCAGGCAUUAGAAAUGAAUUCAAAAUUCUAUCUUGAUUGUGUGUAUGUAGGAAGGAGGGGAUGGUAGAGAAGGAAAUUGUUAUUUUAUUAGGAUGACACUGAAAAUAAACCAAGGAUUACAUAAAUUACCCAGCUGCUGGGUCAAUCCCCCAACCCAAUGUGCUGGGUUUAUGUCACAACCCAACAUACUGGGUUGUUUUAACACAGCAAUAUAGUCUAAUUUACCAGGCAGUUGGGUCAAGCACUCAACCCAAUGGGCUGGGUUAGAAGCACAAGCCAAACCUGCUUGGUUGAAUUAACCCAAUAUUGACCCAGCGCUGGGUUGUUGAAAUUACCCAAAUUUGGUUAUUUUUACACAGUAUUUUUUAAGUGUAAGAAUAUUCAUUUUGAAAAAAUAAUAUGAAUUGCCAUAUUAGGCAUAACUCAAUUUCUACCUUUUAAGAUGCCAAUAUAGAAAUAGUUUUCAGUAUCCUCAUUUUGUUUGGUUUUCUGAUUGUUUCAGUGCCUGCAUUCAUCAAGCUUUGGAUGAAGGACUUCCACAGGGACACCAUUUGCAAAGUUCACACAAAAAGGUAAUAGUUCUGAAUGCGGUUUGAUUUUGUUUUUGCUGUUUUAAUGAUUAAAAUGUCGAUAAUUAUCUUUUAAACUUCCAUUAGUUAAUCUAUUGCUCAGUUAUCACUUGGCUCAUGCAAAUACUUCUGUAAUUGACCCUUUAAAUAUUCUUAGGUCAACAUCCCAAUAGUGUUCACAUUUCUCUCAUGUAAAUGUGGUAGCUACAUAAAAAGAUUAAACAAUGUAUUUGGGAAAUGUCACGCCCUGGCUCUGGGGACACUGUUAUGUUGAGCCAGGGUGUGUAUUCUAUGUUUAUAUUUCUCUGAUUGGGAGCCAUAUUUAACUGUCUGUCUUUCACUUUGUGUUUGUGGUUUCUUGUUCUUGUUUGGUUUGUGUUAAACCGUAGACAUCACGUUAUCGUCCGUUGUUUUGAUCGUGUGAUCAUUCUAUUAAUAAAUAUGUACGCAUUAAACGCUGCGCCUUGGUUCUCCUCCUUAGACGAUCGUGACAGAAGAAACCACCAAGAUGUGACCAAGCAGCGUGUCCAGGAGCCAUCGCCAGGGAGAUCUCUAACAGAUCUCCUUCGCCUCCUCGACUGGGUUAAGCCGGAUGAGGAGGAGAGGGGCUUGACAUUGUGGCAGAAGGGCGAACGGCUGGCGAGGGACAUGGAGACCUUGGCCACGGGUAGGAGUGAAGCCCAGAAAAUUUUUAGGGGGGGGGUACUGUCACGCCCUGGCUCUGGGGACACUGUUAUGUUGAGCCAGGGUGUGUAUUCUAUGUUUAUAUUUCUCUGAUUGGGAGCCAUAUUUAACUGUCUGUCUGUCACUUUGUGUUUGUGGUUUCUUGUUCUUGUUUGGUGUGUGAUUCUGUCAUAAAUGCUGUAGGUGGGUGUAGUGGUGGAAUCAAGCGCAGGACACCGAAGUAUAGUCCAAAAGACUUUAGUGGAAUAUCCAACAAGGAAAACAGAACAAACUUGCCCGAAGGCGAAACUACGCACGUAGGCGACAAACAAAAGGCGCACUACACAGGUGCGUAAAACGCUCCAACACAGUGGAGUAAAACUCAACCGAGCGAAUAAGGAAAUCGACAAGCAAACAUACGACAGGAACAGUCACACCCAAACACAGACACACCCAACGAGACUUAAAUAGAACACUAAUGAGGACUAACUAGACACAGGUGUACAACAUCAAGACCAAACCAAACGAACAUGAAACAUAGAUCGGUGGCAGCUAGUACUCCGGGGACGACGACCGCCGAUGCCUGCCCGAACCAGGAGGAGGAGCAGCCUCGGCCGAAACCGUGACAGGAAAUAUCCAGUCUUUGCUCUUUUCUUCAUACCCUGCUGAUUUCAAGAUGUAUUUGAUAAUUUUUGAACUGUUAAAGACAUGUUGUUUAGUGUAUUUACUACAUUUAGUAUGUUUAGUUUUUUUCUCUGUGAAGAAAAUUCAUUUAAAGUUAUGUGAUUUGUUUUUUUGUAGAUACAUUUCCAUGUUUAACACACAGUAACCAAAAACCUGAUCAAAUUUGCAUAUUCAUUCUGAGUUUGCAGCAAUCAGAAUGUUCGCCACAAGUUUCCCUGAAUUGUUUGCUAGCAGUUCACAAGUUACUGCAAAUUUACUGCAACAGUUUGCCACAAAACUAAUUUGCAUGUGAAAAUAUGAGCUUGCCGCAAAUUUGCAGCAAAUUGGCCAAAGGUUUGCCACAACUGUUUGCCAGAAGCCCGUUUUUUCGGUAAGGGUUUCCAGGUUUUGGAUUUUACAUUAAAAAAAAAAAAAAUCUGUGUUCAGAUCAAUGCUUAAACCACACCAACUUAUGGCACCACUGGACAGUGAAAAACUAGUAAGUUCACCUUUAUUAAUUGUAAUUUAAAUUAGUUUGUAGUAGUUAAGUGUUGAGUUUACAGAGAUACCUCAAUCAUUAUUUCAAAUAAUUUCGGUGACUUUACAGCAAUUGAUAGCUAGCUAGCUAACGAAAUGUAGCUAGCUAGCAGGCUCAGCUAAAUAAAAAUCCCCCUAGAAACAACCAAGUCUCAUAGUCACAUCAUGAGAUUUGUAAAUGAAAGAGGAAUAUAAUAAUACAAAUCGAAUGGAGUUUCCCAUCUCCUCACUUAGAUUAUUUCUGGGGCAACACAGAUAUGGCCUUAUCCAGAUGGUGUGACAAAGGCAUUUCCUAACAGACCUGCUAACUUUAUUUGUUGUUACUUUUAAGAUUUAACCAACAUGCAGAACCUCCAGCAAGCAGAGAGGCAAGAACCCUUCAUAUGCCAGCUCAGGAACAAGCUACACUAUUCACAGCCCUGUUUCAAUGUAAUUACAUUUCUGGACUUUUUGAAACACUGUAUUUGUACAAACGUACAAAUAAAAGGAAAUGUAUGGUUUAAACAUGUUUUAGCUGUUAAUGAAUUCCCUAAGUGUUAAUACAUUUGUGUUAACAUCAUUAAGCCUUUAUGUAUGUGUUAUGAAUCACCAAAUCUGUCUGACUUUAUAGUAAGUACAGCGUCAUAUAAUACAAGGCAUUUAUGCACAGUACCGGUCAAAAGUUUGGACACACCUACUCAUUCAAGGGUUUUUCUUUCUUUCUUUAUUUUUAUUUUGUAUUUUUACAAUUUUCUACAUUGUAGAAUAAUAGUGAAGAGAUCAAAACGAUGAAAUAACAUCUAUGGGAUUAUGUAGUAACCAAAAAAGUGUUAAACCAAUCAAAAUAUACACUGCUCAAAAAAAUAAAGGGAACACUAAAAUAAAACAUCCUAGAUCUGAAUGAAUGAAAUAAUCUUAUUAAAUACUUUUUUCUUCACAUAGUUGAAUGUGCUGACAACAAAAUCACACAAAAAUUAUCAAUGGAAAUAAAAUGUUUCAACCCAUGGAGGUCUGGAUUUGGAGUCACCCUCAAAAUUAAAGUGGAAAACCACACUACAGGCUGAUCCAACUUUGAUGUAAUGUCCUUAAAACAAGUCAAAAUGAGGCUCAGUAGUGUGUGUGGCCUCCACGUGCCUGUAUGACCUCCCUACAACACCUGGGCAUGCUCCUGAUGAGGUGGCGGAUGGUCUCCUGAGGGACCUCCUCCCAGACCUGGACUAAAGCAUCCGCCAACUCCUGGACAGUCUGUGGUGCAACGUGGCAUUGGUGGAUGGAGCGAGACAUGAUGUCCCAGAUGUGCUCAGUUGGAUUCAGGUCUGGGGAACGGGUGGGCCAGUCCAUAGCAUCAAUGCUUUCCUCUUGCAGGAACUGCUGACACACUCCAGCCACAUGAGGUCUAGCAUUGUCUUGCAUUAGGAGGAACCCAGGGCCAACCGCAUCAGCAUAUGGUCUCACAAGGGGUCUGAGGAUCUCAUCUCGGUACCUAAUGGCAGUCAGACUACCUCUGGCGAGCACAUGGAGGGCUGUGCGGCCCCCCAAAGAAAUGCCACCCCACACCAUGACUGACCCACCGCCAAACCUGUCAUGCUGGAGGAUGUUGCAGGCAGCAGAAUGUUCUCCACGGUGUCUCCAGACUCUGUCACGUCUGUCACAUGCUCAGUGUGAACCUGCUUUCAUCUGUGAAGAGCACAGGGCGCCAGUGGCGAAUUUGCCAAUCUUGGUGUUCUCUGGCAAAUGCCAAACGUCCUGCACGGUGUUGGGCUGUAAGCACAACCCCCACCUGUGGACGUUGGGCCCUCACACCACCCUCAUGGAGUCUGUUUCUGACCGUUUGAGCAGACACAUGCACAUUUGUGGCCUGCUGGAGGUCAUUUUGCAGGGCUCUGGCAGUGCUCCUCCUGCUCCUCCUUGCACAAAGGCGGAGGUAGCGGUCCUGCUGCUGGGUUGUUGCCCUCCUACGGCCUCCUCCACGUCUCCUGAUGUAGUGGCCUGUUUCCUGGUAGCGCCUCCAUGCUCUGGACACUACGCUGACAGACACAGCAAACCUUCUUGCCACAGCUCGCAUUGAUGUGCCAUCCUGGAUGAGCUGCACUACCUGAGCCACUUGUGUGGGUUGUAGACUCCGUCUCAUGCUACCACUAGAGUGAAAGCACCGCCAGCAUUCAAAAGUGACCAAAACAUCAGCCAGGAAGCAUAGGAACUGAGAAGUGGUCUGUGGUCACCACCUGCAAAACCAGUCCUUUAUUGGGGGUGUCUUGCUAAUUGCCUAUAAUUUCCACCUGUUGUCUAUUCCAUUUGCACAACAGCAUGUGACAUGUAUUGUCAAUCAGUGUUGCUUCCUAAGUGGACAGUUUGAUUUCACAGAAGUGUGAUUGACUUGGAGUUACAUUGUGUUGUUUAAGUGUUCCCUUUAUUUUUUUGAGCAGUGUAUUAUAUAUUUGAGAUUCUUCAAAUAGCCAGCCUUUGACUUGAUGUCAGCUUUGCACACUCAUGGUAUUCUCUCAACCAGCUUAACGAGGUAGUCACCUGGAAUGCAUUUCAAUUAGCAGGUGUGCCUUCUUAAAAGUUAAUUUGUGGAAUUUCUUUCCUUCUUAAUGCGUUUGAGCCAAUCAGUUGUGUUGUGACAAGGUAGGAAGGGUAUACAGAAGAUAGCCCUAUUUGGUAAAAUACUAAGUCCAUAUUAUGGCAAGAACAGCUCAAAUAAGCAAAGAGAAACGACAGUCCAUCAUUACUUUAAGACAUGAAGGUCAGUCAAUAUGGAAAAAAUCAAGAACUUUGAACGUUUCUUCAAGUGCAGUCACAAAAACCAUCAAGCGCUAUGAUGAAACUGGCUCUCAUGAGGACCGCGACAGGAAUGGAAGACCCAGAGUUAACUUUGCUGCAGAGGAUAAAUUCAUUAGAGUUACCAGCCUCAGAAAUUGCAGCCUAAAUAAAUGCUUCACAGACUUCAAGUAACAGACACAUCUCAACAUCAACUGUUCAGAGGGGACUGUGUGAAUCAGGCCUUCAUGGUCGAAUUGCUGCAAAGAAACCACUACUAAAGGACACCAAUAAGAAAAAGAGACCUGCUUGGGCCAAGAAACACGAGCAAUGGACAUUAGACCGGUGGAAAUGUGUCCUUUGGUCUGGAGUCCAAGUUGGAGAUUUUUGGUUCCAACCGCUGUGUCUUUGUGAGACGCGGUGUGUUUGAACGGAUGAUCUCUGCAUGUGUAGUUCCCACCAUAAAGCAUGGAGGAGGAGGUGUUAUGGUGUGGGGGUGCUUAGCUGAUGACACUGUCUGUGAUUUAUUUAGAACUCAAGGCACACUUAACCAGCAUGGCUACCACAGCAUUCUACAGCGAUACGCCAUCAAAUCUGGUUUGGGCUCAGUGGGACUAUCAUUUCUUUUUCAACAGGACAAUUACCCAACACACCUUCAGGCUGUGUAAGGGCUAUUUUACCAAGAUGGAGAGUGAUGGAGUGCUGCAUCAGAUGACCUGGCCUCCACAAUCCCCCGACCUCAACCCAGUUGAGAUGGUUUGGGAUGAGUCGGACCACAGAGUGAAGGAAAAGCAUUCCAGGUGAAGCUGGUUGAGAGAAUGCAUAGAAUGUGCAAAGCUGUCAUCAAGGCAAAGGGUGGCUAUUUGAAGAUUCUCAAAUAUAAAAUAUACUUUGAUUUGUUUAACACUUCUUUGUUUACUAAAUGAUUCCAUAUGUGUUAUUUCAUAGUGUUGAUGUCUUCACUAUUAUUCUACAGUGUAGAAAAUAGUAAAAAUUAAGAAAAACCCUUGAAUGAGUAGGUGUGUCCAAACUUUUGACUGGUACUAUAUGUGUUAUAAAUGAGCAAAUGGGUCUGACUUUAAAGUAAGUACAGGUGUCAUCCAAUACAGAGUCUUUAUUGAUGUGUUAUGAAUGACCGAAGGUGUCACACUUCAAACUAAGUAUUAGAGGACACUACAUAAAGUGUCAGUAAAUAGGUUAUUAAUGUUCUGCUGAUUUAUGAAGGACAGCCACAGAGUCAUAAUUCUAGCUAAUCCCUGCCCAUUUCCACAAUUUAUUUUCUUAAAAUGUUAUUUUAAAACUAAGCCUAACCCUAACUAAUGAAGGUCAAGUUUGAUGCGUUGGUCCACCAGACCUUCUGCGCAUUUGGGUGGAUGUGUCCGCGAACUAAAUGAGGUGUAAUGUGACUAACAUGAUUUCACUUUAGAGCAAUUGCCAUCCUUCAGCACAAGAUGUCACCCUUUAUAAAGCACAUGAUUAUAUCAUAUUUGACAUACGUGGGUUAUGUCACAUUUGACAUCGGUAAUUAUGUCACACAGUUAUGAUACAUUUAUGAACCCUUUAUAAAGUAUGACAUGUAACACAUUUAUGUAGUGCCUAUGAAGGCUUUAUGAAGUCAUUUAAAGAGGGACCGAACAGGCCAUAUCAUGUCAACAUUUCCUUCUCCUAAAUGCCUAAGACACUGUGCUCAAUUUGCAUUAGAAACAAGACCAAAAAGCCAUCUGUCACAAUUUUCCCAAUUCAUUUUGCCAUCUUAAAAAUGCUGAAUGCUACGAAAACCAAUAGCUAACAUAAAACAAUGCUCUUUCCCCUGAGAGGUUGGGCUGUCUUUGGUAUGCAGAUGUCCUUUUGAAAUCAAGAGAGAACAUAAAUUUAGACAUUCAAACGAUUUAAAAUUGGGAGGCAUGGUAAUGUGAAUGGCUUCAAUAGCUCCAGAAAGUCUGUGUAAACUGUAUGGCCCCCAGGAGGGCUGCUAGGAUGCUGAUGCAUGGCUGGAAUUAGAAGUGAGCUUCAGACACUAAUUGACUCCUGAUCCCUUUAUAGAAGAUUAAUCAGCCAGGCACUGGAUCAAUGGCUGAUGAAAAUGCCAGCGGAGGCGAGAGCCGCCAUCAAUGUAAAUGAGCCAAGGCCUAGUGCCCCUCUCUCUCUCAUGUUCCACACUGUCAAGCCAAAGUUUCACAGCCAGGAGAGAGGCCCUAUUCCCAAAUGGACUGAAAAACAAAUACAUUGUGACAGAGGAACAGUCUAUUUUAAAUUAAAUUAUGAUAGUGAUACAGUUGAGGUGUUAUUCCUCCGAGUGUUUGGCAAAAUGCCCUCUUAGCGUUCUCAUCUCUAGCCCAGUCAUCUGUGAUCCAUUGGAGAAGCUCAAUUAAUCAAUGUUCCUAAAGGUGAGGCUCUUUCAAAGCAUGUGGAGCCUAAUGACUGACCGCACAUCUAUUAAUCUCACUUCAUUUGAUCUGCUUAGUCAUGUAACAGCAUAUAUAUACUAUAUAAACUCAGCAAAAAAAGAAAUGUCCCUUUUUCAGGACACUGUCUUUCAAAUAUAAUUCGUAAAAUCCAAAUAACUUCACAGAUCAUUGUAAAGGGUUUAAACACUGUUUCCUAUGCUUGUUCAAUGAACCAUAAACAAUUAAUGAACAUGCACCUAUGGAACGGUCGUUAAGACACUAAGCUUACAGACGGUAGGCAAGAAAGGUCACAGUUAUGAAAACUUAGACACUAAAGAGGACUUUCUUCUGACUCUGAAAAACACCAAAAGAAAGAUGCCCAGGGUCCCUGCUCAUCUCCGUGAACGUGCCUUAGGCAUGCUGCAAGGAGGCAUGUGGACUACAGAUGUGGCCAGGGCAAUAAAUUGCAAUGUCCGUACUGUGUAACGCCUAAGACAGCGCUACAGGGAGACAGGACGGACAGCUGAUCGCCCUCGCAGUGGCAGACCAUUUGUAACAACACCUGCACAGGAUCGGUACAUCCGAACAUCACACCUGCGGGACAGGUACAGGAUGGCAACAACAACUGCCCAAGUUACACCAGGAACGCACAAUCCCUCCAUCAGUGCUCAGACUGUCCGCAAUAGGCUGAGGGCUUGUAGGCCUGUUGUAAGGCAGGUCCCUACCAGACAUCACCGGCAACAACGUCGCCUAUGGGCACAAACCCACCGUCGAUGGACCAGACAGGACUGGCAAAAAGUGCUCUUCACUAACGAGUCGUGGUUUUGUCUCACCAGCGGUGAUGGUCGGAUUUGCAUUUAUCGACGAAGGAAUGAGCAUUACACCAAGGCCUGUACUCUGGAGUGGGAUCGAUUCUGGGGCGGUGUGUCACAGCAUCAUCGGACUGAGCUUGUUGUCAUUGCAGGCAUUCUCAAUGCUGUACGUUACUGGGAAGACAUCCUCCUCCCUCAUGUGAUACCCUUCCUGCAGGCUCAUCCUGACAUGACCCUCCAGCAUGACAAUGCCACCAGCCAUACUGCUCGUUCUGUGCUUGAUUUCCUGCAAGACAGGAAUGUCAGUGUUGUGCCAUGGCCAGCGAAGAGCCCGUAUCUCAAUCCCAUUGAGCACGUCUGGGACCUGUUGGAUCGGAGGGUGAGGGCUAGGGCCAUUCCUCCCCGAAAUGUCCGGGAACUUGCAGGUGCCUUGGUGGAAGAGUGGGGUAACAUCUCACAGCAAGGACUGGCAAAUCUGGUGCAGUCCAUGAGGAGGAGAUGCACUGCAGUACUUAAUGCAGCUGGUGGCCACACCAGAUACUGACUGUUACUUUUGAUUUUGUUGUUGAAUCUUGUUAUGUUCAUACAAAUAUUUACACAUGUUAAGUUUGCUGAAAAUAAACACAGUUGACAAUGAGAGGACGUUUCUUUUUUUGCUGAGUUUAGAGAUAUACAAAAGUAUGCGGACACCCCUUCAAAUUAGUGGAUUCGGCUAUUUCAGCCACACCCGUUGCUGACAGGUUUUUAAAUUAGAGCACACAGCCAUGCAAUCUCCAUAGACAACAUUGGCAGUAGAAUGGCCUUACUGAAGAGGUCAGUGACUUUCAACGUGGCACCGUCAUAGGAUACCACCUUUCCAAUGAGUCAGUUUGUUAAAUUUCUGCCCUGCUAGAACUGCCCCGGUCAACUGUAAGUGCUGUUAUUUUGAAGUGAAAACAUCUAGGAGCAACAAUGGCUCAGCCGCAAAGUUAUCGGCCACACAAGCAACACAGAACGGGACCGCCGAGUGCUGAAGCGCGUAAAUAUAAUCUGCCCUCGGUUGCAACACUCAUUAUUGAGUUCCAAACUGCCUCUGGAAGCAACGUCAGUACAAUAACUGUUCGUCUGAAGCUUCAUGAAAUGGGUUUCCAUGGCCAAGCAGCCGCACACAAGCCUAAGAUCACCAUGCGCAAUGCCAAGCAAGCAUCGGCUGGAGUGGUUUUCAUGGUUGGGGCUAGGCCCCUUAAUUCCAGUAAAGGGAAAUCUCAACGCUACAGCAUACAAUGACAUUCUAGAUGAUUCUGUGCUUCCAACUUUAUGGCAACAGUUUGGGGAAGGCCCUUUCCUAUUUCAGCAUGACAAUGCCCCCGUGCACAAACCGAGGUCCAUACAGAAAUGGUUUGUCGGAAUUGGUGUGGAAGAACUUGACUGGCCUGCACAGAGCCCUCACCUCAACCCAAUCGAACACCUUUGGGAUGAAUUGGAACGCCGACUGCGAUGCAGGCCUAAUCGCCCAAAAUCAGUGCCCGACCUCGAAGCACCAGUGCACCAGUGAUUCGGUUAAUAAAAAAGUGGUCAGAUGACGCAGAUGCUAAGCUACAGGACUGUUUUGCUAGCACAGACUGGAACAUGUUCCGGGAUUCUUCAGACAGCAUUGAGGAGUACACCACAUCAGUCACUGGCUUCAUCAAUAAGUGCAUCGAUGAUGUCGUCCCCACAGUGACCGUACGUACAUACCCCAACCAGAAGCCAUGGAUUACAGGAAACAUCCGCACUGAGCUAAAGGGUAGAGCUGCCGCUUUCAAGGAACGGGACUCUAACCCGGACGCUUAUAAGAAAUCCCGCUAUGACCUCCGACGAACCAUCAAACAGGCAAAGAGUCAAUACAGGUCUAAGAUUGAAUCAUACUACACUGGCUCUGACGCUCGUCGGAUGUGGCAGGGCUUGAAAACUAUUACAGACUACAAAGGGAAGCACAGCCGCGAGCUGCCCAGUGACACAAGCCUACCAGACGAGCUAAACCACUUCUAUGCUCGCUUCGAGGCAAGCAACACUGAAGCAUGCAUGAGAGCACCAGCUGUUCCGGAUGACUAUGUGAUCACGCUCUCCGUAGCCGAUGUGAGUAAGACUUUUAAGCAGGUCAACAUUCACAAGGCCGCAGGGCCAGACGGAUUACCAGGACGUGUACUCCGAGCAUGUGCUGACCAACUGGCAAGUGUCUUCACUGACAUUUUCAACAUGUCCCUGACUGAGUCUGUAAUACCAACAUGUUUCAAGCAGACCACCAUAGUCCCCGUGCCCAAGAACUCUAAGAUAACCUGCCUAAAUGACUACCGACCCGUAGCACUGACGUCUGUAGCCAUGAAGUGCUUUGAAAGACUGGUCAUGGCUCACAUCAACAGCAUAAUCCCAGAAACCCUAGACCCACUCCAAUUUGCAUACCGCCCCAACAGAUCCACAGAUGAUGCAAUCUCUAUCGCACUCCACACUGCCCUUUCCCACCUGGACAAGAGGAACACCUACGUGAGAAUGCUAUUCAUUGACUACAGCUCAGCAUUCAACACCAUAGUGCCCUCUAAGCUCAUCACUAAGCUAAGGAUCCUGGGACUAAACACCUCCCUCUGCAACUGGAUCCUGGACUUCCUGACGGGCCGCCCCCAGGUGGUAAGGGUAGGUAACAACACAUCUGCCACACUGAUCCUCAACACGGGGGCCCCUCAGGGGUGCGUGCUCAGUCCCCUCCUGUACUCUCUGUUCACCCAUGACUGCAUGGCCAGGCACGACUCCAACACCAUCAUUAAGUUUGCCGACGACACAACAGUGGUAGGCCUGAUCACCGACAACGAUGAGAAAGCCUAUAGGGAGGAGGUCAGAGAUCUGGCCGUGUGGUGCCAGGACAACAACCUCUCCCUCAACGUGACCAAGACAAAGGAGAUGAUUGUGGACUACAGGAAAAAAAAGAGGACUGAGCACGCCCCCAUUCUCAUCGACGGGGCUGUAGUGGAACAGGUUGAGAGCUUCAAGUUCCUUGGUGUCCACAUCACCAACGAACUAUCAUGGUCCAAACACACCAAGACAGUCGUGAAGAGGGCACGACAAAGCCUAUUCCCCCUCAGGAGACUAAAAAGAUUUGGCAUGGGUCCUCAGAUCCUCAAAAAAUUCUACAGCUGCACCAUCGAGAGCAUCCUGACUGGUUGCAUCACCGCCUGGUAUGGCAACUGCUUGGCCUCUGACCGCAAGGCACUACAGAGGGUAGUGCGUACGGCCCAGUACAUCACUGGGGCAAAGCUCCCUGCCAUUCAGGACCUCUAUACCAGGCGGUGUCAGAGGAAGGCCCUCAAAAUUGUCAAAGACUCCAGCCACCCUAGUCAUAGACUGUUCUCUCUGCUACCGCACGGCAAGCGGUACCGGAGUGCCAAGUCUAGGUCCAAAAGACUUCUCAACAGCUUCUAUCCCCAAGCCAUAAGACUCCUGAACAGCUAAUCAUGGCUACCUGGACUAUUUGCACUGCCCCCCCACCCCAUCCUUUUUACGCUGCUGCUACUCUGUUAAGUAUUUAUGCAUAGUCACUUUAACUCUACCCACAUGUACAUAUUACCUCAACUACCUCAACUAGCCGGUGCCCCCGCACAUUGACUCUGCAACGGUACCCCCCUGUAUAUAUAGCCUCCCUACUGUCACUUUAUUUUACUGUAUAUAUAGCCUCCCUACUGUCACUUUAUUUUACUUCUGCUCUUUUUUUCUCAACACUUUUUUUGUUUAAAAUAAAUGCACUGUUGGUUAAGGGCUGUAAGUAAGCAUUUCACUGUAAUGUCUGCACCUGUUGUAUUCGGCGCAUGUGACCAAUAAAAUUUGAUUUGAUUUGAUUUGAUAAUGCUCUUGUGGCUGAAUGGAAGCAAGUCCCCGCAGCAAUGUUCCAACAUCUAGUGGAAAGCCUUCCCAGAAGAGUGGAGGCUGUUAUAGCAGCAAAGGGGGGACCAACUCCAUAUUAAUGCCCAUGAUUUUGGAAUAAGAUGUUCGACGAGCAGGUGUCCACAUACUUUUGGUCAUCCAUUGUAUUUUGAAGCGAGCUGAUCUGUGAAAACACUGUAAUUCUCUCAAUAAAACAUGCCAACAUUCUGGGCAGGUGCUUUGGGCUACAUUCAACAUUAAUGAGUAGAGGCUUUACUGAGAAUAAAUCUGCUCACUCCUCCUAUCUCCACUCUAACCCACCACACAGCCAAAUAUAUUUUAAUUAUUCACUAACCUGUGGAAAUGCUCAAUGAGCCACCUCUCGAUGGUUAAUCUGCCCCAAUCACCAUAGCACCUUGUGUAUAAGCCAGGUGAUUAAAAUAAAGGCAAAUCCUCAUGUUUCAAUAAAUAUUUGAUGAGCUGGGCUAUGAAUAUUCCCAUCAGAGGGCCUGAUGCUGGCUUCAAUUUAAGGGGUAUUUAGAUGGUGUAAAGAAACCGGGCUCGCAUAACAGGCUGGAUGACACAGUCCUGGGCGUUGGGAGAGAUAGAGAGAUGGGAAAUUGGGGGAUGAUUGAUGGGUAUAGCUAUGGGGCACUUGUAAUAACGUUGCAGCGAAAAGCGCUGACUCGAAAGCCCCAUAUGCUGGGUACACACAAAAAAGAAAUAUGUUAUUGUGGCAUAAAAUCCAAAGGGGCGGGGGUACCGCUCACUCUCACCCCAUCCUCUGUCUGUGAUGUGUCUGUCUGUUGUGCCUUGCCAUACAGAGUGAGUCGCGAAAGAAACUUCACCUGUUCCAAUGAAUCUUUUUGCCAGCCCCCAAUACAGAGCAGACAUUUAGUCAUUCACAGUGAAGCACCAUGCUAGAUCACAGCAUUCCACAGAAAAAGAGAUGACGCACGGCAUCGGAAGAGGAAUGGUCUUGUUACACAUCCCACUGCAUGGUAGUAGUCCACAUAAUCACUUGAAUAAUGCGUCCUGUGUGUGUGGGAAGAGCUUAAUGAUUCCAUCGCUGGAAGUCUCUCUCUCAAUCUGUCUGGUGUGUUUAGGUGGUCUACUCUGCUCAGAAUGUGUUGAGAACUCCAGACUCCCACAGUUUAGCUCUUCAUUAACAGCAUGUAGCUCAAUUGGUAGAGCAUGGCGCUUGUAACGCCAGGGUAGUGGGUUCGAUCCCCGGGACCACCCAUACGUAAAAAUGAAUGUGCACAUGUCUGUAAGUCGCUUUGGAUAAAAGCGUCUGCUAAAUGGCAUAUUAUUAUUUUUAUUAUUAUUAUGUUGGGAUGGCCUAGUAGUCCCAUCAUCCCAGCAAACAGUGAACGUUCCAACAACGUUAGGCAACGUUCCAAUGGGGGCCCUAUUUGGUUUCCAGCUAAUGACAACAUCCCAUGACUGUUUUUCAAAUGAAAACGUAAUUUAAUGAACAUUAGAAGAAGGACAUGCCACAUCUGUUUCUAGAAUGUAUUAACCGAAUGUUAAUGGAGAAAACAUUAUAGCCAUGUCAUGGACACCUCCAUGGGAACCUCAAAAGUUCUGGGAAAACAUUGCAUAUUAACGUUCUCAAAAUGUCUCUACUAAUGUUCUGGGUAUACAUACUGUAGGUAACUAGAAAUUGUUUGCUGGGAUGGCGCAUGGCAACAAUGGAAGAGCUGGCUACUCCUAAUCACUUAUGUAUUUGGGAGGCGACGUGAGGGAUAAAAGACAUUAAAGGGGAUCUGAGAAUGAUGGUGAAUAUUUAAAUCAUGAUGGAAUGUCUCUUUGUUGAUUUUAUUACAUAAGGAGUUCCAGAUGAAUCACUUAAGGAAUAUGUUUCAUUUAGCUUGGGGGGGAAAACACUGCAUUCAUUUUAAUCAAUCAAGAAAUUGAAAAUCACAUCUGAUAUUUUUUUGUUCUGUCAUCCUUUUAUUAUGCCUCUAAACUUCAUAUUUCUCCUUGGCACAGAUCGUAUCUCGGCACUCAGAAUGAUCAUCAAAAGUUAAUUUAAUAUGACCCUAAUGGACCAGUAUGAGACAUUAGAUAGUCUGUGGCUUGUGUUUCUGUGGUGUGUGCAUGGUGUGUUGGAGGACUGCGGUCAUACUUCACAAACAAAGCCACGCAGUGCAAAGACACAAUAACCUAAUCAUGUCAUUGGACUAUUCCCCGAAAGACUCUCGGAGCAGCCAAGACUGGCAGAGUAGAAUAGCAUGCCAAUCUGCUGGCUUGGAAAAUGAGAGGCCUUUCCAGUACCAACAAACAUGCCGUCUCCUUGUCAAUCUGGCAGGGAAUAUUAGACGGCACAAGGCGCCGUGGAGAGGACUUGAUAACGUACUGUACUCCCCCAGAGCUGUCAAUGAACUGAGACGGUGAACUUAGCCAUUCUCCGUGAGCCGCUGCACUGACCUAGAUGACUGCUAAUACUACUACGACUGCUACUACUAUGACUGCUGCACUACAACUACUACUACUACUACUACGCCUAAUACUAAAAACACUACUGCUACUACGACCACUGCUACCGUAACGGAGGUCAGUGUGCUGCUAACAGCUUAGCUUCCUCCACUGUCCGACUGCCCCAUUCUGGGGCAGAAUCAGUGAUCCUCUGCUUUGCAACACACGUGAAGCCCUCCUUGACAACAUACCAACUGUUUGAGCCACCCAAAAGGUACAGAUUGCAUGGCUCCAUCCGCGUCAUUUCAAGCUAGCUGUGGAGUUUAUGGCCCGUUCUUAACUCCAUUACAUUAUAACGACUACUGCUACAAUGACGACAGUGACACCUACUACAACUACGAUGACUAUGAUGAUGUCUACGACGAUGACUACUACUACUACUACUACUACUACUACUACUACUACAACAACUACUACUACUACUACUACUACUACUUACAAUAGUAAACAUAUCAACAGUUCCACAAGUACAAUAUGCCACAUUUCAUAGAAUUAAAUAGCAGCUGAAAGUGCUUCACAGAUUGAAAUAAAAAAAACAUUUGUAAUGUUUUGCCCUUAGAGCCAUGCAGGAAAACACCCCAACGUCACUCAUAACGUACACUCCUGUUAUAACACCCAUUAGAGGAACAGUCCUACACGAGAAUGAUGGGAGGAAAUAAAUAGGCCUACUAGUUACUUAUUAGUCAUCCAAAGGCCCAUAUAGGGAUGAAGGAGGGGAACAGCAUCUUUCAGAGCUCCUGUUGUCUUUUCACCAUAUUGGCAGUACAAAUUGCUCUUCCCUACAGUAUUCCGCUCAACUGAAAUUACCCAGCUCCAUCACAAGGCUCCAUACAGGGCUGUUAAAGAGCACAAAAGACAGAUGGGAUACAGUGUCUCCGUAAACCACUUUCCAAUGGCACAGCACCAUUCAAGUACAAAGCCAUUUCCACUGACGUCAGUCAUCUGUGCAAGAUUGCUGCACCUCCUCCUUGUGUGUCAUGACCCCUGCUUUUUCUCUGGCUGACCAACACCAGCUUUCAAAGCAUCACUCCACAACAACAAAGGCUUUUUCUUCCAACCAUAUAUUUUCUCAAAUAGAUCACACUGCAAAGGAUACUUUACAAUGCUCUAUACAGUUUUGAUCAAUACAAGUAAGUAUAAUGUACGUCUGAUCAGUUAUGACCACAUAGGAAUGCCCAUGUUAGAUUACACGGUGUCCCAAACACCAGACAUACAAUAGAGAAUAAAGAAUAUGUACCCAUAACUGGAUAGAAUAUUCCAUGCCUAAAAGCUACAGUACAUAAUUGCAAUAGCUGUGUUUAUACUGUACAUGAGAAAGACAAUCUAGUAUUGUUUGAAGAUGCAAAUAGCAGAUUAUUCUCUGUCACUCUGAUCUGCCUGUGGCCUACCUGUGCCUCUCCAAAUCCAUUUAAGUGUACAAUAUGACUCCUCUGGUGCAGGUCUCAAUCUAGUCAAGAAUCAUCUUUGCCCUGCUGAUAAGCAUUAAACCAUUAACUGAAUGUGUUUUUGAUUAUGGAGCCAUACUGUCAAAGCAGUGCUAACAAGCCAAACACAACAACGCCGACCUGUGAAGCACUGCUCUACUUACCUUUGCCAAUAAAGCCCUUGUUAUCCUUCUUUUAUUACUGAUAAACUACUUAGUGCGCUCCAGUAAGCCGUAAGGGGUUCCGUUUUUUUAUUUGGACACAGAGGGUAAAUGGCUGAGGUGGCUGUCACAAGCCGAUUGAGGUAGACUUAGAUAUUCAGCUUUUGAUUGGCUGUUGGGUGCUAGUGUAAUCAACAGAGGGAUCUCGGUCAAGUCUGAAUUGUGUUGACAGAAUCACAGAUGUUCAAGAGCUUUGAACUUCAACUCAAAUGAUGUGCCAACAUCUAUUUGGAGCAUGUAUCGGGCUUAGGUGGCAAAAGCUUUAGAUGAAACAGGGAAUGAGCGGAGGAGUGACAUUGAAUGAGCGAGAGUGAAACGGGCUAAAACAGGGCACGACUACCUGGAAUAUUCCAAUAAGAAAUGCUCAUUUUCAUUUUAAAACAUUUUAAAAUAUUUUCCAUUGCAUGCCCUAAUAAACACAACCAUUUUCUGUCUUCCAUUGUACCAACAAUGGUACUGAUAUACUUACAGCGCUUCGGAAAUUAUUCAGACCUAUUUACUUUUUCCACAUUUUGUUAUAUUACAGCCUUAUUCUAAAAUUGAUUAAAUAAAACAUUUUCCUCAUAAAUCUACACAGAAUACCCCAUAAUGACAAAGUGAAAACAGGGUUUUAGAAAUACCUUAUUUACAUAAGUAUUCAGACCCUUUGCUAUGAGACUCGAAAUUGAGCUCAGGUGCAUCCUGUUUCCAUUGAUCAUCCUUGAACUGUUUCUACAACUUGAUUGGAGUCAACCUGUGGUAAAUUCAAUUGGUUGGAAAUGAUUUGGAAAGGCACACACCUGUCUUGAUAUGGUCCCACAGUUGACAGUGCAAGUCAGAGCAAAAACCAAGCCAUGAGGUCGAAGGAAUUGUACAUAGAGCUCCGAGACAGGAUUGUGUCGAGGCACAAAUCUGGGCAGGGUACCAAAAGAUGUCUGCAGCAUUGAAGGUCACCAAGAACACAGUGGCCUCCAUUAUUCUUAAAUGGAAGAAGUUUGGAACCACCAAGACUCUUCCUAGAGCUGGCCGCCCGGCCAAACAGCAAUCAGGGGAGAAGGGCCUUGGUCAGGGAGGUGACCAACAACCCGAUGGUCACUCCGACAGAGCUCCAGAGUUCCUCUGUGGAGAUGGGAGAACCUUCCAGAAGGACAACCAUCUCUGCAGCACUCCACCAAUCAGACCUUUAUGGUAGAGUGGUAGAGAAAGAAGACACUUCUCAGUAAAAAGCACAUGACAGCCCGCUUGGAGAUUGCCAAAAGGCACCUAAAGGACUCAGACCAUGAGAAACAAGAUUCUCUGGUCUGAUGAAACCAAGAUUGAACUCUUUGGCCUGAAUGCCAAGCGUCACAUCUGGAGGAAACCUGGCACCAUCCCUACAGUGAAGCAUGGUGGUGGCAGCAUCAUGCUGUGAGGAUGUUUUGUUGAAGCACCUUUGGCAGUGAUUACAGCCUGGAGUAAUUCAGAACAUGCUACUAGAGAUAAUACACUUUGAAGUGCACUAGCAGUCUGUGCACCAGGGUGGAGAAUUCACUCUCAUCUGGAUCACACUCGAAUUUUCUUUGUCUUAUAGAUACUGUGUGUGUACGUGGAUCCACUGCCCCUCCACUUCCCCCAUAGCCCCCCUACUCCUAUCCUCAUCUCAGUAACACGAGUUCAAUCUCCUGCUAAGAUCAUAUUUAACCAAUUCAGACAGGAACUGUGGAACAUCUCAAAUAUUGUGGAUGAAAAUUACAUUGGAUUUCCAAUUCCAGGCGUGCCGAAUGAUCAAACCAAUUAAGAAUUAAUAUGAUCUACAGUGAGCUCCAAAAGUAUUGGGACAGUGACAAUGUUUUUGUUGUUUGGGCUCUGUACUCAAGCACUUGGGAUUUUAAAGGAUACAAUGACUAUGGGGUUAAAGUGCAAACUAUCAGCUUUAAUUUGAGGGUAUUUUCAUCCAACGGUGAACCGUUUAGAAACUACAGCACUUUUUAUACAUAGUCCCCACAUUUUAGGAGACCAAAAGUAUUGGGACAAAUUCACUUAUAUGUGUAUUAAAGUAGUAAAAAGUGUAGUAUUUGGUCCCAUAUUCCUAGCACGCAAUGAUUACAUCAAGCUUGUGACUACAAACUUUUUGGAUGCAUUUACUGAUGGUUUUGGUUGUGUUUUAGAUUUUUUUGCCCAAUAGAAAUGGAUGAUAAAUAAUGUAUUGUGCCAUUUUGGAGUAAAUAAUAAUUUAUUGUAAAUAAGAAUAGAAUAUGUUUCUAAACAUUUCUACAUUAAUGUGGAUGCUACCAUGAUUAGGGAUAGUCCUUAAUGAAUCGUGAAUAAUGGUGAGUGAGUUAAGUUACAGAUGCACAAAUAUCAUACCUCCAAGACAUGCUAACCUCCCCCAUUAAAAUAACAGGAGAGGUGAAAUUUUUUUGGGGGGUAUGAUAUUUAUGCCUCUAUAACUUUCUCACUCAUCAUUAUUCACAAUUCCUUCAGGAUAAUCCGUAAUCAUGGUACCAUGAUUUUGUUUGGAACAAAAAAGUUGAUAUCUCGUCUGUGCACAGCAUUCACUGUGCAGGGGCAAUAUCGCAUGUCAAUAGUGAAACAUUGUUUCCAAGGUCAGACAGGCAGACAGCAAGGUUUAUACAUCCACCUCUGGCCUGCUGGCUCCCCUUCCUCUGCGGAAGCAUAGUUCCCGCUCAGCCCAGUCAAAACUGUUCGCUGCUCUGGCACCCCAAUGGUGGAACAAGCUCCCUCACGACGCCAGGACAGCGGAGUCACUCACCACCUUCCGGAGACAUUUGAAACCCCACCUCUUUAAGGAAUACCUGGGAUAGGAUAAAGUAAUCCUUCUACCCCCCCCCCCCCCCCCCCCCCCCCAAAAAAAAAAUUGUAAAGUGGUUAUCCCACUGCCUAUAGGGUGAAUGCACCAAUUUGUGAGUCGCUCUGUUUAAGAGCGUCUGCUAAAUGACGUAAAUGUGCCCUUGAGCAAGGCACUUAACCCUAAUUGCUCCUGUAAGUCGCUCUGGAUAAGAGCGUCUGCUAAAUGACUAAAAUGUAAAAUGUAAUACAAACCCUCACUGUUGGAAAUAAAAUGCUAGGCUAGAAGCAAGGGGAAGUAAUGUGUUAAUAAACGGCUUAUUGCUUAACAUUGGUCGCGUGGCAGAGAUAGAAUAUUGGUCGCAUGUGUGUUUGUCCUUAAACCCAGGGCUUUGGAAUACAAUUGUGAAUCCUAGCCCAGGGCUAAAGCUUAGCCCAGGGUUAACAAAUGCUUGUGUGAAUACAGGAUAAGAUAGCCCAGUGGCCAGUUUUAGCCUGGGGCUAAUUGAUAGCCCGGGUCUAAGAACAAUGCAGUGUGAAAAGGGCUAUUGUAUAAUUUCAAAUCCAAAGUGCUGGAGUACAGAGCCAAAACAACACUGUCCCAAUACUUUUGGAGCUCACUGUAUAUCAGGGAUGGGCAACUUUGAUUGGGGAACUCAUCAUGAGGGGGCUGCAAGGGCUUGUGAAAAUGACAUGUCAAUCAUUAUAGGGUCAAAUUGAAACUGGAUUGGUAUAUUCUUUUCCCAUGCUCUGUCGUUCCAGAGACAGUAAGGACCUGUGUGCUGGUGCAAUCCCCCCAGUUGAUUACAGACAGAGAAUGAUUCCUGGAUGACUGGUUCCCAGUCCAUCUCCCUGAGAGGCUGGUUAACUGGUUUAAUUUACGUUCUCUUUCAAAACAAAAAUAAAUAUCAAACAUAUCAAAAGCACUAGCACUACUACAACUCUGCCGUUUACAACUACAACUGGGCCUUGGCCUAUAUCAAAUUGAAUAAAAGCAGAGGGCAUACUAUCAUUAUUGUCUACCACUACAGUACUACAACCACCACCACGGAUGAUGGUUAUAGUUUGAUAAUAAUAAAGCCCAUUCUGUGUAAGAUAUUUCAGGAUGCUGGGCCUCCGAGGUCUUGACCUUUGACCUCUCUCCUCCAGUGCAUGAAGAGACCUGAUUGAGACACUCCCUCAUAGGCACAUCAGCGUACUAGCAUGUCAUAAUCCACCAGUCUACUGAGUGCUGGCCGCCAGUGGGGAGAGGCAACCCCCACACAUUGAAGCUGACCCAAGAGUGAAAUGGGCGAAGAGUGAAUGUCAAGGUUGUCAAAACACACUAAUUACGUUCCCACUGUAAAUAGGGUGGAUCUGGGAUUGUUAACCUCUCUACUGCCUCUAGGGUUCGAGCAACCUUCAAAGACAAGCUGCUACAGUAUCCUGACAUCACAGUGGGAGUGGAAAAAUGUGAGGAGUCCAGAUUAACCCCCUAGAGUUGAUUGACGCACCAGUGUGUCAACCUAAGUAACAUAAUAAAAAAUCCCCAUCAAAAUCCAUCAGUUUAAGCUAGAAAUAUCUGGGUUUUUUUUGCAUUGGAUGCGUCUCAAUCCACUGCAUCCGCUGACGUCGCACUUCCGCAUCUGCAGUGAAAGGUGGCAGAGCUAGAGCGGUGUUCGUCAGACCAUGAGACAUCCGGAAAAUCGGUCUUCUCACGAAAACGUCAGUAGCGUCCGAAUGUCUUUUUGGCCGUUUAUGAAUGUCUUAUUCAAUGCUAAAUGCUAAAUGACCCAUAGUAUGGCCAUCUUAAAACAAUUCCAUAUGUCAGCUUAGAACAUGUGUAUUUAUCAAACAUCUGUUAUCGAACUAAUUUCAAUUUAAAACAGAGUGAUCUGAGUGAAAUCUGCCAACUCACUCUGGCUAGUCUUGUGCACUUUGUCAACGCCAGGGAUGCCUCAGGGAAAAGACCUUCAUCCAUUAGGGUCAUAUGAUAUUAUCUGGCUUUCACACGCAACUAGCUCUCACAGUCUCUCGUCAGAAUUAGACGUUCAUCCAUGUAUCUCAAACAUCAAAUUUAAAAGUUGCUGCAAACGUCAAAUUUCGAAGUGUUUAAGGUUAAGUUUAAGUAUUAACUCCAAAUGUUUAAGGUCAGGGUUAGGUUUAGGCCUUAUCUCAGAAAUCUUAAGGUUAGGCAUUAACUCUGAAUGGUUAAGGUAAGGGUUAAGGUUUGGGAUAGGCUUAAAAUGAAAAUCUCUCAAAUAACUUUAUAUUGCUGGAUUUGAACUUGAUACCUUUGGAAUCAGAGGCAGAUGCUUAUGCCCAUCUGCCAUUCCCAUCCACAACACCCUAGCAAAACCGAAACCUACUUGAAGGUAACAGCGCUCACUGUUGCCCCUUGUGGCCAGUUUCCACGUCAUCUCCCGACGUCCUCAGACAUGGAUGGACGUCGAAUACUGACUUGUAUCACGGGUGACCUGGCUGUUCACAUGAGGCUAUCAGGCCAAUAAUACGGAAAAACUAAUUAUACAGAGAGAAAGAGAGCAGAGAGAGAGAGAAAGAGAGCGGAGAGAGAGUGAGGGAGAGAGAGAGACGCUGCAUGUCUGAGUGUGAAGCAGCAGCCCUCCUGUAUCUCAGGAAAGCAGAGCUCCCAGCUCUUCCGCUGUGCAGAGAGAAACAAGAGGAGUCUGCAACCUCAUCAGAAAACUGCUGGAGGCCAGCAAUGAUGAAUAAGGUCGCUGUGACUAUUAAUUCCCUUUAAAAGCUCCAUUCUUCACCUUCCAUCGCCCACUGCUUAGAUGUGGUCAAGUAGAAAAUGUCUGAAUUAUCGGAAACUAAUGCUCUCAUCUGUGGGAAGCAGCUUGGUCUGUAGUCACUGGGUACUAUUUGUCUCAUUUAAGAUUUUGGUAAAGUCCAUGAAUGAAUCAUUACACUUUGGUCUGGGAAUGUGUCUCCUGGUACUCCUCUGUUAAACCAACCUCAGCCAGUCUCCUGACACCAAGCUAGGGGGAGAUGACUCUAGAGCCCUGGAGACCUCAACAAGUCACAGAGGAAAUGUUGCCCUGUCACUAUCUCAGCUAUUGCCACCCCGCAUGGUGGAAGUUAUGAAUAUCACACUCUUUUCCGUUUAAAAGGCCAUUGCACUACAGCUUCUCUCAGCACAAGCCAUCUGGGGGUUUCUGCAGACCUUGAGUGUGACUGCAGCCGAGGAAAUAAAUUGAACAUAUUCAAAAUGCACCAACGGGAUAGGGCUUCCACUUUACUGAUACAGUAUAUGGGCGGCCAUUUUAAAGGCAAAUGAUGUCCCGCUGGUGAGCAUCGACAAAUAAAGCUAAUAUGGUGGACUAAAGAUGGCGAUGCAGAAUGCCUCAUGAGAAAUAGCAAUAUUCAAUAUCUCUAAAACUGACUAAAUAGUAGCACUACACUGAUCUAUUUACUCAUGGGCAAUAACAUUCAAGCUGGAUAAUAACCCCCAAAAAACGUAUAAGGCUAGAGAAGUUUAUUGAUAAAUAUUAUGAAAGCAGUCAAGGCCAAAACAUGUCGGAGAGGAACCAGGGAAGAAAUUGAGAACAGAAAAACUCCAAGAGAGAAUUACGAGAUUCCUCGACAGAAACUGAUGAUUUAUGGUUUUCACCACCUGGUACGGUAAGAGUGGAAACCGACCUGCUAAAAUCAAUAAAUGAUCAAUUGGGCGUACUUGAACUUGUCAGUAAAUAAAUAAAGGAGAUAAAGGUGAGCUCGAAAUGAGUGACGAAAAAGCUGCGACAAAACAAGCUAAAAGGUACAGUCAAUAAGAUUGAAACAGACGUUAAAGAACUUAAAAAGGAGAACAUGUUUCUGAGAGAAGCCUUACCUGGAAUACAGACUAGAUCCAUUCGAGAAAAUCAGGUACUUACUGGUAUUAAAGAAAAUGAGGGUGAAGAUCCUGAAAGUGUGGUGAAAGAAUUCCUUCUUAAAGCACUACAAAUCCCAGGCGAUACUGUCGACAAAAUCUAACUCGAAUGUGUACACCGUUUCGGACAGAGAGGACAGAGAGGACCCUAAUGGAUGAGCGCCCAAUCGUUGCCAAAUUUGCAUUCUUUAAAGAUAAAAUAAUGGUUAAAAGCCUGUGCAAAACACUGGCUGGCACGAAAAUAGGAAUGAAUGAUCAGUUCCCAAAGGAAAAUGCAGAACGGCACAACGUUCUGUACCCACUCUUCAGAAAGAAUAGACUAAAAGGGAAACGUGUAGCUCUCGUAGUCGAUAAAAUGUACAUUGAUAAUCAACUGUUCUGAGAUACCAAGACUACUCCAUGGCUAUUCUAAAUAAUACAAUGUUCCCAUAGAGGAGUCGAAUAAUUGUCACACCCUGGCUCUGGGAACUCUAUAUGUUGAGCCAGGGUGUGUAAAUUCUAUGUGUUUAUGUUCUGUGUGGGAGUUCUAGUUGUGGUAUUUCUAUGUUGGCCAGAGUGGCUCCCAAUCAGAGGCAACGAGUGUCAGCUGUUGCUGGUUGUCUCUGAUUGGGAGCCAUAUUUAAACAGUCUGUUUCCCUUAGUGUUUCGUGGGAUCUUGUUUCCGUUUGGUUAGUUUCUGUGUUAACCGUAGGACUGCACGUUUCGUUUAUUGUUUUGUUGUUAUAUUAUCACUAACGAUAAUAAAGUUAAGUAUGUUCGCAACUAACGCUGCGCAUUGGUCUACUCCGUAUAACGAUCGUGACAAUAAUGGAACACCCAAUACUAUCCAUGGUAGGGAUUGUAAUAAAAAACAACAACAGAAAACAAUAAAACACAAUAAUUGUUAAAGAAAUAAACUACAAAUACACUACACCAUUCAAGAUAGGGAAUGUGUAAAAUAAUUAGUAUUCAAUUUUCUAUUCAUAGUAUUUAUAAAUAGAUUUUAAUAUUCAAACCCUUUGACAUUUUCAACAUUUUGUUACGUUACAGACUUAUUUUGGAAUAUAUAAAACAUCUCAUCAAUCUACACACAAUACCCCAUAAUCACAAAGCGAAAACAGGUUUUUUGAAAUGUUAGCAAAUGUAUAUACAAAAAUAAUUUAAAAAAUACCUUAUUUUACAUAAGUAUUCAUACUCUUCACUAUGUCCACCUGUGGUAAAUUCAAUUGAUUGGACAUUAUUUGGAGAGGCACACACCUGUCCAUAUAAGGUCCCACAGUUGACAGUGCAUGUCAGAGCAAAAACCAAGCCAUGAGGUCGAACGAAUUGUCCGUAGAGCUCCGAGACAGGAUUGUGUCGAGGCACAGAUCUGGGGAAGGGUAGCAAAAUAUUUAUGCAGCAUUGACAGUCCCCAAGAACACAGUGGACUCAAUCAUUCUUCAAUGGAAGAAGUUUGGAACCACCAAGACUCUUCCUAGAGUUGGCCGCCUGGCCAAACUGAGCAAUUGGGGGAGAAGGGCCUUGGUCAGGGAGGUGACAGAGCUUCAGAGUUCCUCUGUGGAGAUGGGAGAACCUUCCAGAAGGACAACCAGCACUCCACCAAUCAGGCCUUUAUGGUAGAGUGGCCAGACGGAAGCCACUGCUCAGUAAAAGGCAUGACAGCCCGCUUGGAGUUUGCCAAAAGGCACCUAAAGGACUCUCAGACCAUGAGAAACAAGAUUCUCCGGUCUGAUGAAACCAAGAUUGAUUGGUCUGGAGGAAACAUGGCAUCAUCCCUAAGGUGAAGCAUGGUGAUGGCAGCAUCAUGCUGUAGGGAUGUUUUUCAGUGGCAGGUAGACUAGUCAGGAUCGAGGGAAAGAUGAAUGGAGCAAAGUACAGAGAGAUCCUUGAUGAAAACCUGCUCCAGAGCGCUCAGGACCUCAUGCUGGGGCGACAGUUCACCUUCCAACAGGACAACGACCCUACGCACAUAUCAAAGACAAUGCAGGAGUGGCUUUGGGACAAGUCUCUGAAUGUCCUUGAAUGGCCCAGCCAGAGCUUGAACUUGAACCCGGUCAAACAUCUCUGGAGAGACCUGAAAAUAGCUGUGCAGCGACACUCCACAUCCAACCUGACAGAGCUUGAGAGGAUCUACAGAGAAGAAUGGGAGAACCUUCCCAAAUACAGGUGUGCCAAGCUUGUAGCGUCAUACCGAAGAGGACUCAAGGCUGUAAUCGCUGCCAAAGGUGCUUCAACAAAGUACUGAGUAAAGGGUCUGAGUACUUAUGUAAAUGUGAUAUUGAGUUGGGCUCUGGGAUGGAACAACUCUUGAACAUCUGAGCUUGUGGUUGUUUGUGGGGGAAGGGUAGAUAGUAUGAGUGUGUGUGUGUGUGUGUGUGUGUGUGUGUGUGUGUGUGUGUGUGUGUGUGUGUGUGUGUGUGUGUGUGUGUGUGUGUGUGUGUGUGUACGUAUCCCACAUCUGUUGCUAUGGGGUAAUGAUGUUAGGGACAAUACAGGAUGAAUCACAAUAAUUGUUUGCAAAAAUAAUAAUUGUUGGCCAAAAAUGUACAGAAUACGGUAGAGGAAUAACAAAAAGAAAUGAAGGAACUUAUUCAAUAAAGAUCAAGUGUAAUAUAUUAUAAAAAAUAAAGCGAACUGGAUGGAAUAUGGGGAAAAAUACACAAAAUUAUUUUUUUAUCUUCAACAUAGAAAUGCUACCAAAAAGUAUUUACUGAAACUUGUUCCAAAUGAGGAAGCAAAGUACUUUAAGCAUAUGUUUUCGUUUGAGUCUCCUCAAUCUCCACUAACCAAAGUUAAUUGUAAGGAUUUUUUUCUAAUAAUAAUGUAAAAUUAACAGCUGUACAGAAAGACUCAUAUGAAGGCCAAAUUACAGAGGAGGAACUUCUUGAUGCAAUUAUAGCUGUUAAGUCCAGGAAAAUACCAGGGCUGGAUGGCAUACCAGUUGAGGUAUACCAAACCUUUUUUUAUGUACUCAGAGGACCGUUAUUAGCAUGUUUUAACCACGCCUAUAAAAAUGGUAGAUUAUCAGAUACUCAACAAGAUGGUCUGAUUUCAUUAUUACUAAAACAGGAGCCAAGUGGUAUAUAUAAAGAUCCAGUCCAUUAAAACAAUUUGAGGCCCCUUACACUUCAGUGUUGUGAUGCAAAAAUUGUAGCAAAAUGCAUAGUGUGCAUAGAAUAAAAAAGGUAUUGUCUGAUAUUAUUCAUUCUAAUCAGACAGGUUUGUUACAUGGACAAUACAUUGGAGAUAAUAUAAGACAAGUACUGGAAACAAUAGAACACUAUGACAAAUCUGGGAAACCAGGCCUGGUAUUCAUAGCUGACUUUGAAAAGGCUUUUAAUAAAGUACGACUGGAUUUUAUAUACAGUGGGGAAAAAAAGUAUUUAGUCAGCCACCAAUUGUGCAAGUUCUCCCACUUAAAAAGAUGAGAGAGGCCUGUAAUUUUCAUAAUAGGUACACGUCAACUAUGACAGACAAAUUGAGAAAAAAAAAAACUGAAAAUCACAUUGUAGGACUUUUAAUGAAUUUAUUUGCAAAUGAUGGUGGAAAAUAAGUAUUUGGUCACCUACAAACAAGCAAGAUUUCUGGCUCUCACAGACCUCUAACUUCUUCUUAAAGAGGCUCCUCUGUCCUCCACUCGUUACCUGUAUUAAUGGCACCUGUUUGAACUUGUUAUCAGUAUAAAAUACACCUGUCCACAACCUCAAACAGUCACACUCCAAACUCCACUAUGGCCAAGACCAAAGAGCUGUCAAAGGACACCAGAAACAAAAUUGUAGACCUGCACCAGGCUGUGAAGACUGAAUCUGCAAUAGGUAAGCAGCUUGGUUUGAAGAAAUCAACUGUGGGAGCAAUUAUUAGGAAAUGGAAGACAUACAAGACCACUGAUAAUCUCCCUCGAUCUGGGGCUCCACGCAAGAUCUCACGCCGUGGGGUCAAAAUGAUCACAAGAACGGUGAGCAAAAAUCCCAGAACCACACGGGGGGACCUAGUGAAUGACCUGCAGAGAGCUGGGACCAAAGUAACAAAGCCUACCAUCAGUAACACACUACGCCGCCAGAUACUCAAAUCCUGCAGUGCCAGACGUGUCCCCCUGCUUAAGCCAGUACAUGUCCAGGCCCGUCUGAAGUUUGCUAGAGUGCAUUUGGAUGAUCCAGAAGAGGAUUGGGAGAAUGUCAUAUAGUAAAUAAUGGUUACUUCUCAGAAAGUAUUUGACUGUCAGGAGGAGUAAAACAAGUUGUCCACUAUCGGCAUAUCUAUUUAUUAUGACCAUCGAAAUGUUAGCUAUUAAAAUCUGAUCCAACAAUUAUAUCAAGGUGCUAGAAUUCCAGGGCUUAAAAACAAAGGUGUCAUUGUACGCUGAUGAUUCAUGUUUUCUUUUAAAUUCACAAUUUGGAUCCCUCCACAGCCUCAUAGAGGAUCUAGAUAAUUUUUCUAACCUCUCUGGAUUACAACCAAAUUAUGAUAAGUGUACUAUAUUACAUUUUGGAUCACAAAAAAAUACAACUUUUACAUUACUGUGUAGUUUACCAAUAAUAAUGGUCUGACGGUGAAGUGGACAUACUUGGUAUUCAUAUCCUGAAAUAAAGAAAUUAUCUCACCACAAUACAUGUUAAUAUAAAGUUAUCAAAAAUAGAUAAGAUCUUGCUUUGUGGAAAAAUCACCCUGAUUAACUCUUUAUUCAUUUCCCAGUUUACGUAUUUGCUUACGGCCUUGCCUACACCUAGCGACUUGUUUUUUAAAUUAUAAGAGCAAAACAUUUUCCAUUUGAUUUGGAACGGCAAGCCAGACAAAAUUAAACGGGCCUAUUUAUAUAAUGAAUAUGAAUUCGGAGGGCAGAAAUGACUAAAUAUUAAAGCAUUAGACCUCUCACUAAAGGCUUCAGUCAUACAGUCAUAAAAAAGUUAUACUUAAAUCCGAACUGGUUCUCUAGCAGAUUAGUAAGAAUGUCUCACCCUAUGUUCAAGAAUGGCCUUUUUGGCCUCAGAUCAAUAACCAGACCCCCUCUCACCCACAGAAGAGGGGAGGGGGGACCGGGCUGGAUAUAACACCUUAACACUCGGUGGUAAAUUAGGCAGGAGGGGAUAUCUCUUGCUCUCCAGUAUUGAUUGGAAUGCCCCUUUGUCUCCAGAAGACCUAUGCUGCCUAAACUCUUACGUCCAAAAAGUGAAUACUUUAACAAUAUUUCUAAGAUAAGAAUGUGGAGAAUGGUCAGUGGGGAUCUAAAGAAUAAUCAUGUCAUAUUGUUUAUUAUUUUGUGAUGUCAUUAAGAAUGGUAUCAAGAAAAUACUGUAACUUGGAAAGUAUACAGUUGAAGUCGGAAGUUUACAUACACUUAGGCUGGAGUCAUUAAAACUCGUUUUUCAACCACUCCACAAAUUUCUUGUUAACAAACUAUAGUUUUGGCAAGUCGGUUAGGACAUCUACUUUGUGCAUGACACGUAAUUUCUCCAACAAUUGUUUACAGACAGAUUAUUUAACUUAUAAUUCACUGUAUCACAAUUCCAGUGGGUCAGAAGUUUACAUACACUAAAUUGACUGUGCCUUUAAACUGUUUGGGAAAUUCCAGAAAAUGAUGUAAUGGCUUUAGAAGCUUCUGAUAGGCUAAUUGACAUCAGUUGAGUCAAUUGGAGGUGUACCUGUGGAUGUAUUUCAAGGCCUACCUUCCAACUCAGUGCCUCUUUGCUUGACAUAAUGGGAAAAUCAAAAGAAAUCAGCCAAGACCUCAGAAAAAUAUUUGUAGACCUCCACAUGUCUGGUUCAUCCUUGGGAGCAAUUUCCAAACGCCUGAAGGUACCACGUUCAUCUGUACAAACAAUUAGAAUAAGGACCACACAUCCUCAUACGAGGACUCUUCCUGAGAUGAACGUACUUGGUGCGAAAAGUGAAUUGAAGAACAACAGCCAGGCUUGUGUGCUGGAGGAAACCGUACAAAAGUAUCUAUAUCCACCGUAAAACGAGUCCUAUAUCGACAUAACCUGAAAGGCCGCUCAGCAAGGAAGAAGCCACUGCUCCAAAACUGCCAUAAAAAAGCCAGACUGCACAUGGGGACAAAGAUCGUACUUUUUGGAGAAAUAUCCUCUGGUCUGAUGAAUCAAAAAUAGAACAGUUUGGCCAUAAUGAAUAUUGGUUAUGUUUGGAGGAAAAAGGGGGUUGCUUGCAAGCCGAAGAACACCAUCCGAACCGUGAAGUACGGGGGUGGCAGCAUCAUGCUGUGGGGUUGCUUUGCUGCAGGAGGGACUGGUGCACUUCACAAAAUAGAUGGCAUCAUGAGGAAGGAAAAUUAUGUGGAUAUAUUGAAGCAACAUCUCAAGACAUCAGUCAGGAAGUUAAAGCUUGAUCGCAAAUGGGCCUUCUAAAUGGACAAUGACCCCAAGCAUACUUCCAAAGUUGUGGCAAAAUGGCUUAAGGACAACAAAAUCAAGGUAUUGGAGUGGCCAUCACAAAGCCCUGACCUCAAUCCUAUAGAAUAUUUGUGGGCAGAACUGAAAACCUGACUCAGUUACACCAGCUCUGUCAGGAGGAAUGGGCCAAAAUUCACCCAACUUAUUGUGGGAAGCAUGUGGAAGGCUACCCGAAACGUUUGACCCAAGUUAAACAAUUUAAAGGCAAUGCUACCAAAUACUAAUUGAGUGUAUGUAAACUUCUGACCCACUGAGAAAAGCUGAAAUAAAUCACUCUCUACUAUUAUUCUGACAUUUCACAUUCUUAAAAUAAAGUGGUGAUCCUAACUGACCUAAGACAGGGAAUUUUUACUAGGAUUAAAUGUCAGGAAUUGUGAAAAAAUGAGUUUAAUUAUAUUUGGCUAAGGUGUAUGUAAACUUCCGACUUCAACUGUAUCUCCUUUAUCCGUAAAGUUUUCAUCCAAUACGUUGUGUAUAUAAUAUGGAAAAUUAUGAGAGUAUUUUUGUUAAGAUAUGAAUGUGAUUUUAGUUUUCUAACGAGAUCAUCGUUUUUGGUGAUGCUUUGCACCAGUAAGUAGACACGCCCCGAAUGAGCUCAGAGAUCGUGUCAGCAUGACGGAACACCCUUUUCACCAGAGUGUAUAAAGGAUGAGUUAAGAAUUAACAUAGCAGACCAGAAAGACGUGGAGUGGUCGCUACACGUCUGAAAAUGGUUGGAACAUUGAACCUCAACACGAGGUGAAGAAGAUCCUCCCAGACUAGACCUGAACAUCGCCAGGCUGCAGCUGUGCCUGUAAAGUGAUUCAAACUCUGACUAUCCACACGAGGUGGAGAAGAAAGCUCCCCACUCAGAAAAAUCACUGGGACAGCUAAUUACCUGUUCUGGAGAGACUCCACUACAGACCAGGACAACUAAGAAUAAUGACAUUGUGACCUCUUGCGGACAACCAAACACUUUUCAAGAAGGCUUGGUCCGACAGAGAUAAACGGCGAACAAAGGCAUUCAAACACGUAAAUACAUUCAUGAGUUUUUUACUCCAAACGGGCAGUGGUUCGUGUGCAAAGUAAAUGAUUACUGUGAGCAUAGUUUCCAAAUGAACGAUGUGUUGCGUCUCUUUCUUUCUCUCGCUCUCUACCCCUCCCUCUUUUGGUAACUAGGCAGUCAUGUUGUUGUUAGUCCGCUAGGGACUUUUUCUCAUGUAUUAAGUGUGUAUGUUAUUCUGUGUUAUAAUUUAGUUAGCUAGUAAAUAAAUAGUUAAACCAAUUUGCGUAGUGCUGAAUCAUAAGUAAAGCUGGGGUUCUUGCAGAUCCAAGAAGUCUACGACCGUUCAGAAUGACGACUGAUAAGAGGUAUUGAUUAAUACGUUGACUCUUUUAUACAUAUAGAUAGGUAAAGACCUUUAGAGUUUAAUUCAGGAGAAGGUAACUCUAUAAAAAACAUAUUCCGUGGUGUCCCAAAUCCUGAUGAGUUAAUUUUUACAUUAUUAAUUUAAUCGAGUAACAAUUAAACAUAGUUAGUUGAUUGAAUAAAUAACAGUCAUCAUAUUAAUGAAAGUCAUGUCACGACAUCUCUUUAUUCAGUUUACAACCUCUCACUUUCAGUUAUUUGAAAAUGAAAUAAUCUCCAAAAUAUCGCUAUUUUUAAAACAAGCUAUAGAAAGUUGGUUCCAAUUUCAGUUUAAUCCACCAGAAAAAAAGAACAAAUAUUAGAACAAAAAUUAUGGUUAAACUCAAAUAUACUAGUUGAUAAGAAAAACAGUAUUUUUUAUUUUAUUUAAAAUAAUCUUUGUAAAUUAUAUCAUAAAUAGGACUGGGGAGUUAUGUCACACAUGCAGCUAACAAAAAUAUAUGGAAAUGUCUGCUUUACUCAAAAUGACAACCAACUAAUUGCAGCAUUACCGCAAAAAUGGAAGAGGCAAGUGAAAGGGGGAGAAAGUAAGGAACUUGUCUGUCGGGCCUGCAUUAACGACCAAAAUUAGUUAAAGAAAACUGUGAUAAACAAAAAUGUAAGGACCCAAAAAUGGACAGCUGUGCCAUAUUGAUUGCAAAAUAGUUGGGAAGAGAUUUUCGAUGUACCGAUUCCAUGGCACAUGGUUUAUGAACUGAUCCACAAAAAGACGCUGAAUUCAAAACUUUUUUCAAUUAAAAUUAUUAUACAAAAUUCUUACAACCAAUAGUAUGUUAUAUAUAUGGGGGAUACAACCAUCCCAGCUCUGGAGAUUUUGCUGCAAAGAGACAGACUCAUUAGAUCAUUUGUUUUUGUACUGUCCAUAUACUGUCCUCUGUAGCUCAAUUGGUAGAGCAUGGCGCUUGUAACACCAGGGUAGUGGGUUCGAUCCCCGGGACCAUCCAUACGUAAAAAUGUAUGCACACAUGACUGUAAGUCGCUUUGGAUAAAAGUGUCUGCUAAAUGGCAUAUUAUUAUUGUUAUUAUGUAGCUUGUUUUUGGUGGUAGGUUCAGGAAUUGCAACCUGGAGCUAAAUCUGCAAAUGGCACUGCUGGGUGAUUUAAAAAGUCAUAGUCAAUCGAUCAAUAAUAUAAUAAUACUCUUAGAAUUUUUUGUAUCUUUAAUUUACAAUCUGUAGAAACUAUGAGACUAGAAAGGUUCAGAACUUUUGUGAAACAUCACAGCACAGUCGAGAAAUAUAUGGCAAAUAGAAAUCAAACCUGGAUGGCGUUCAGAGAUAGAUGGAAGGGGUUGAGUGGAGAUGAAGGGUGGGAUUAAAAAUAACAAGAUAACUAAUGUAAAAUAUACUGUGUCCGUAAAAUGUAUAUAGGUUCAGAACUUUUGUGAAACAGCACAGUUGACAAAUAUAUGGUAAAUAGAAAUCAAAACUGGAUGGUCUUCAGAGAUAGCUGGGAGGGGUUGAGGGUAGCUGAAGUAUGGGAUUAAAAACAAACAAAAGAUAACUAUUAUAAAAUAUACUGUGUCCGUAAAAUGUACAGUAUAUAGUAUGUAUAAGCUGGAAGUAGAAGCUUAAGUGUUGUUGUCCAUUAGUUUACUCCAAUUAGGGGAGGGGUGGUAGGGUUAGGGGAAAAUGAUAAAGGAAAAUAUAUUUAAAAAUAUACAUAUUUUAUAUAUAUACAGUACCAGUCAAAAGUUUGGACACACCUACCCAUUCAAGGGUUUUUCUUUAUUUGUACUAUUGUCUACAUUGUAGAAUAAUAGUGAAGACAUCAAAACUAUGAAAUAACACAUAUGGAAUCAUGUAGUAACCAAAAAAGUGUUAAACAAAUCCAAAUAUAUUUUAUAUUUGAGAUUCUUCAAAGUAGCCACCCUUUGCCUUGAUAACAGCUUUGCACACUCUUGGCAUUCCCUCAACCAGCUUAGUGAGGAAUGCUUUUCCAACAGUCUUGAAAUAGUUCCCACGUAUACUGAGCACUUGUUGGCUGCUUUUCCUUCACUCUGCAGUCCAACUCAAUCCAAACCAUCUCAUUUGGGUUGAGGUCGGGUGAUUGUGGAGGCCAGGUCAUCUGAUGCGGAACUUCAUCCCUCUCCUUGGUCAAAUAGCCCUUACACAGCCUGGAGGUUUGUUUUGGGUCAUUGUCCUGUUGAAAAACAAAUGAUAGGCCCACUAAGCACAAACCAGAUGGGAUGGCGUAUCGCUGCAGAAUGCUGUGGUAGCCAUGCUGGUUAAGUGUGCCUUGAAUUCUGAAUAAAUCACUGACAGUGUCCCCAGCAAAGCAUCCCCACACCAUUACACCUCCUCCUCCAUGCUUCAUGGUGGGAACCACACAUGCAGAGAUCAUCCGUUCACCUACUCUGUCUCACAAAGACAAUGCGGUUUGAACCAAAAAUCUCAAAUUUGAACUCAUCAGACCAAAGGACAGAUUUCCACCGGUCUAAUGUCCAUUGCUCAUUUUUCUUGGCCCAAGCAAGUCUCUUCUUCUUAUUGGUGUCCUUUAGUAGUGGUUUCUUUGCAGCAAUUCAACCAUGAAGGCCUGAUUCACGCAGUCUCCUCUGAACAGUUGAUGUUGAGAUGUGUCUGUUACUUGAACUCUGUGAAGCAUUUAUUUGGGCGGCAAUCUGAGGUGCAGUUAACUCUAAUGAACUUAUCCUCUGCAGCAGAGGUACCUCUGGGUCUUCCCAUCCUGUGGUGGUUCUCAUGAGAGCCAGUUUCAUCAUAGCGCUUGAUGGUUUUUGCGACUGCACUUGAAGAAACUUCAAAGUUCUUGACAUUUUCCGGAUUGACUAACCAUGUCUGAAAGUAAUGAUGAACUGUCGUUUCUCUUUGCUUAUUUGAGCUGUUCUUGCCAUAAUAUGGACUUGGUCUUUUACCAAAUAGAGCUAUCUUCUGUAUCCCACCCCUACCUUGUCACAACACAAUUGAUUGGCUCAAACGCAUUAAGAAGGAAAUAAUUCCACAAAUUAACUUUUAACAAGGCACACCUGUUAAUUGAAAUGCAUUCCAGGUGACUACCUCAUGAAGCUGGUUGAGAGAAUGCAAAGCUGUCAUCAAGGCAAAGGGUGGCUAUUGGAAGAAUCUCAAAUAUAAAAUAUAUUUAGAUUUGUUUAGCACUUUUUUGGUUACUUCCUGAUUCCAUAUGGGUUAUUUCAUAGUUUUGAUGUCUUCACUAUUAUUCUACAUAAAUGUAAAAAAUAGUAAAAAUAAAGAAAAACCCUGGAAUGACUAGGUGUGUCCAAGCUUUUGACUGAUACUGUAUAUAUAUAUUUACUAAGAAAAUAAAAAUGAUGCAGACAAUUACAUUGAUGGAAGCCACAAUCUAUCUGCAAUAUUAAAGCUGAUCUACCCCCUAAAUAAUUAAUUAAUUAAUAAAACCCCAUGCAGGAUCUUUGUUUACCUCAUGUCAUGCUGUCAUAUCUAAAGUAUAAUGCUCUGUGCUGGAGGUUGGUCUGGUGAUCAAAACUGCAGCCUCCAGACAAAACAUGCCCCCAACAGCUGAGGUUCCAAUCCUCAUUGUGCCAGUUGCUAUACUGCCCUCCCACUCUACUUAUCCCACUAUAAUGUCAAUGCUUUCUAAAUAAAGCAAGACUAACAAUGCUCUGUCUACACAACAGUCUAGAAUAACAUGAAAUGCAAGAGAGGUAGGAAAGCUAAGAAGCCGCUGGAUAUUACCUUCAAGGCACUUGAAAAGUUAAUGGGCUUUGUAUUGAAACACAUUGUGAUUAAUUUGAAAAAAGAGAAAGAGGUACUUUUAAGUGAUACUUCAUGCUCAGAAUAAUUGGCUUUUUUAGCAAUAAAGUAAUGGAGGUCACUUUAGGAAUAGUGAUGAGAAAAGUAAUACAAAUUAAUUUCUCCAAACAUACCCUGAAAGUUAGACUUUUCUGAUAGUGUGCUAUUAAAGCUCCUAUGUGUUUGAUGAAUGAGUGAGUGAGUGGUGCUUUUAACUGCUCUGUGAUGAAAUUAAAAAGAAACAAACAACAUUGGUUUGGUGCAUGCAUCUGUCUGUCUGUCCAUCUGUCGUGUGGAUGUACUGUAUAUAGUACAUUGCUAUCAAGUACUGGUAUCAUACCUAAACAUGUUUGUUUCUCCUACACAGCAGGGCGUGACACAGGUUGACACAAAGAUGAGACACUCACCGUCCAUCCUCCUCCGUCCGUUGUCAUGUCACAGAAGACCUGGAAGCCAGCAGGGUAGUGUGUGGGAAAGACAGAGUAGAUCCCAUCCUCCCGCUGGCCACUGGCGAAGAUAUCACUGCAGUCCCGAGGUCUGGAGCCUAGCGAGAUCAGAUAGACACCUGAUUAACUUUUAAAUCCUAGAUUUUCUCAUAGAAAUGAUUCAAUUAAACCAGUGAGCUCCACCAAUUUAUUCUCUUAAUAGUCUGUCUUAUCUCUGAAUAUACCCAGACAGCUUCACUACACCCUGUCCAAAUCCUGUAUGUACCUUAUAGAAAAGCCAUUUUUGUACAAAUAUUAUUUGGGAUAUCAGAGUAUGCAAACAGCUAACACAGUCUCAACCUAUUUCAAUAUGAAGCUGUGCUUUUUUUCCUCUAGUGCAAUUGUGAACAGUAGCCAUGUCAGACAUUAAAUACAUCUAACAUAUGGUUCACUGCAGCUCAAGGGAUCAACAAUUGUCCUACAGCUGACAUGGUGUAGUUAAGUGAUGUCCAUGCACUCAUUUACUAUUUCUCCUUCCACCAGCCACUAUCCAUAGGCCUACCAUUGGAGCAGCCAUUGGGCCGACUAUUACGGACAGGUGCUCUCUGGAGGUCUGCCUUCAGCUUGCUCUUCAGGUUCCCUGUCUCCUUUUGCAUGGAGUUGAGUGUAUCACUCACGGAGUUCACCACCUUCACCAUGUUGAUCUGGCUCUCGGACAGCAGCUGGAAACAAACACACAAACAGCCCAUUAAAGGGCCACUCUGUAUUUGGAAAAACAACUAAACAGCAGCCUUGCAACCUGCUAUGAAGCUGCCGGAUGGGGCUGGAGAAAUGACUGACAGAGCUAGGAUGAAAUGUCCUAACGGUAACUGUUUUGAACAAUGUAUUUGGAUGUAAUGUUAGUUAGGUGUACUUGUACAGUAUGUACCUGACACAUGAAAUUCGUUUUUCUAAAGGAUUUCCUUUGACUAAACUAAUCUCCAGUUGAAGAGGGCAUGCAGACACCUCCCAUUCUCUCAUAUCUUAGACAUCAGGGAUCAUGCGAUAUCACUUCAGGCUCUCUUAAUCUACACACACGAGGACAUUAGAUUACAUUCCCUUGGUAGACAUGGCAUUAACAGCAAACUCCACACAAUUGGGAGUAAAUGCAAUUAGGCUUUCCCUGAGUGUGAGUGUUCAUUAAUCAGAAUGUAGGGUGUACAAUCAAAAAUGAAUAAUUUGACAAAUGGUUAAAGUAAUAUGUUAAUUCUGUAGAUAAUCCUCUAAGAAAACGAAUGGUUCAAACCUCAUGUCUCUAUCAUAAUCCGUUCAAAUGUUUUUUGAGUUUUUACCCAUGUAGGAUGGCCAGAAUUAGGGUGACUAAAUCAAUGGAGGUCAGAGAAAAAAAGUGGUCACAAAUCUGGAAAAUUGCAUCAUGUCUGCUAGGCUGGAUUCUGGCCUACUGGCCACCUGACAGGCACACUUUCCUGUUGAACUCGUCAUCUUUCUUCUCAAAUCUGAAGAACAUAAAACAAUAUAGAGUUAAGAUGUAUAUCGAUUUUGAGACAUAACAUGUAGUAUUUUCAUAUUUUAGUGUACGCUAUAGAUAUUAAUUCUAAAUUCCUAUUCUUCUUCGAGAAUGUCUCAGAAAAACAAUCGUACCUCUGUGAAAUGUCAAUUGAGCACUGAGCGUGCCGUAUACCAAGUUUUUUAUUUUCAAAGCCUUUUACGUUUACAGUGUAGUUUUGGCAAGUCGGCUAGGACAUCUACUUUGUCCAACAAUUGUUUACAGACAGGUUAUUUCACUUAUAAUUCACUGUAUCACAAUUCCACUGAGUCAGAAGUUUACAUACACUAAGUUGACUGUGCCUUUAAACAGCUUGGAAAAUUCCAGAAAAUAAUGUCAUGGCUUUAGAAGCUUCUGAUAGGCUAAUUGACAUCAUUUGAGUCAAAUGGAGGUGUACCUGUGGAUGUAUUUCAAGGCCUAACUCAGUGCCUCUUUCCUUGACAUAAUGCGAAAAUCAAAAGAAAUCAGCCAAGACCUCAGAAAAAAAAUUGUAGACCUCCACAAGUCAGCCUUAGGAGCAAUUUCCAAAUGCCUGAAGGUACCACGCUCAUCUGUACAAACAAUAGUACGCAAGUAUAAACAGCAUGGGACCAAGCAGCCGUCAUACCACUCAGUAAGGAGACGCGUUCUGUCUCCUAGAGAUGAACGUACUUUGGUGCGAAAAGUGCAAAUCAAUCCCAGAACAACAGCAAAGGACCUUGUGAAGAUGCUGGAGGAAACCAGUACAAAAUAAUCUAUAUUCACAGUAAAACGAGUCCUAUAUCGACAUUACCUGAAAGGCCGCUCAGCAAGGAAAAAGCCACUGCUCCAAAACCGCCAUAAAAAAGCCAGACUACAUUUUUUCAACUGCACACAGAAAUACAACUGUUUGGCCAUAAUGACCAUCGUUAUGUUUGGAGAAAAAAGGGGGGGCCUUGCAAGCCGAAGAACACCAUCCCAACCGUGAAGCACGGGGGUGGCAGCAUCAUGCUGUGGGGGUGCUUUGCUGCAGGAGGGACUGGUGCACUUCACAAAAUAGAUGGCAUCAUGAGGAAGGAAAAUUAUGUGGAUAUAUUGAAGCAACAUCUCAAGACAUCAGUAAGGAAGUUAAAGCUUGGUCGCAAAUGGGUCUUCCAAAUGGACAAUGACCCCAAGCAUACUUCCAAAGUUGUGGCAAAAUGGCUUAAGGACAACAAAGUCAACGUAUUGGAGUGGCCAUCACAAAGCCCUGACCUCAAUCCUAUAGAACAUUUGUGGGCAGAACUGAAAGAGCGUUUUUGAGCAAGGAGGCCAACAAACCUGACUCCGUUACACCAGCUCUGUCAGGAGGAAUGGGCCAAAAUUCACCCAACUUAUUGUGGGAAGCUUGUGGAAGGCUACCCGAAACGUUUGACCCAAGUUAAACAAUUUAAAGACAAUGCUACCAAAUACUAAUUGAGUGUAUGUACAUUUCUGACCCACUGGGAAUGUGAUUAAAUAAAUAAAAGCUGAAAUAAAUAAUUAUCUCUACUAUUAUUCUGACAUUUCGCAUUCUUAAAAUAAAGUGGUUAUCCUAACUGACCUAAGACAGGGAAUUUUUACUAGGAUUAAAUGUCAGGAAUUGUGAAAAACUGCGUUUACAUUUAUUUGGCUAAGGUGUAUGUAAACUUCCGACUUCAACUUUAGACAGGUGUGUGCCUUUCCAAAUCAUGUCCAAUCAAUUGAAUUUACCACAGGUGGAUUCCAAUCAAGUUGUAGAAACAUCUCAAGGAUGAUCAAUGGAAACAGGAUGCACCUGAGCUCAAUUUCGAGUCUCAUAGCAAAGGGUCUGAAUACUUAUGUAAAUAAGGUAUUUCUGAUUUAUAUUUUUGCAAAAAAAUCUAAAAACCUGUUUUCACUUUGUUAUUAUGGGGUAUUGAUGAGGGAAAAAAAUAAUGUAAUACAUUUUAGAAUAAGGCUGUAACGUAACAAAAUGUGGAAAAAAGGAAAGGGUCUGAAUACUUUCUGAAUGCACUGUUAUUCAAUUUGUGUCAUGCAAAUGUAGCUUUUUGCGACCAGCGGAAACCAACUUUGACGACGACCACCACAAAAUUUAAAAUCCUCAAAAGUUGUUACGAGAAACCUGCAUCACUAUGUCAACAGAGCUCAGUACUUAUUAUCAUCUGUAUUACAGUAGGUUACGAAAUCCGACUUUUUUGAUAUAAUGUUAAUGAUAUGUUUGAGAAAGACCCCACUGAACAAUUCAGAACAUUAAUAUUCAUAUUUGUCUUGGUAAAAUGUAUUUUAUAACAUAAGGAAGUUACAUUUCGUCACCAAAGCGCAUUUUCACCCACUCUAGGAAGUUUACAGCAUGGGUGGGCAAUAAUUUCAUCUCAAGAGCGACAUCGGCAUUUCAUUUUCCAGACCGAUUUGUUUGUCAAAAGCAAUUUGCUGAACAAAGUUAUUUGAAAAGAUAUAGGUCCAUUAUAAUGUCAACAUAAUUUCUAUCUAGUUUUAGACCUUCAAUAGUGGCCUGGAGUGUUUUUUAACCCAAAAUAAUCAUUUCCCAAAUGAAUUUAAUUAUAACAAUAUUUAUUUUACUCAAACAUCCCUGGGUCGGAAUGAAUGGGCCAAAAAGCAAAAAGGAGGUCGGUGAGCAGCAGCAUCAAACCACAGAGGCUGCCAACAAGCCCAGCAGGGUUGAUGCUGCUGAGCUCCAGCUAGCUCCGCGUGCAAAACCUACCCACCCUUCCACAAGCGUCGCCAGGAUAAUGGCUCCACAGCCCCCUCCACCUCCGUCUGUUCCUGACGAUCUUGGAAUAGAGAAGCCAGCCCAGGUUAGCCUAGAAUCCUACCCUAGCCGCAGGUUUUCUGUCCAAAAACGUUCAUUUUAUAGCAAUUGGUUCAUAGGAAGAGAGUGGCUGUGAUACUCAGUUACUGCAGAUUAGAGCCCUGCAUGGGCAUGAAAUUAAGCCGAGUCCUACCCAUGCCCACAACAUUCAGGUUGUACCAUACCCAGGCCCGAUUUCUUUUGCCAAAUUUAAGGCCCAGCGCAGUCCUGCCCGAAACUCAAAAUCUAGUAAAUCCAUUAACUGCUCCUCUCUGUCUGUCACUCGAUCACCCCGCUUGGGCUGCUCUGCCAGAGAUAUUGGAGAUAGGAAUCUCAUUCGGCAAUGAAUAGAGGAACGUGUAACGCCCCACCCAGCAGACUGUCGACCAAUCGUGUUCACGUUGACAUGCUGCGUCACGCUGUUGCUAAGCUAAUCAUCACGCAAUCCCUUCAGGAAUGUGCCUAGUUUCCUCGAAAGUACAUCAUGUCACGAUUCCAAAGCUAUACAACAAUAUAGAUAGCAAGUUAAUUAUCUCACAUCUUGGAAAAGAUUUGUAAUGUUUUACUUCUUGACAAAUAAAUUAAUGCUAAUGUUGGGUUUUUGAGCUAGCGCCCAAUUGACUCCCAUUCACUCCUUGAAGGAGAGCUCUCCUUGUCCCAGAAUCGCCCAGAAUUCACCGCCCGGCCCAUUGACGUAGUAUGGGCAACGUAUACAGCUCAUUUUCCACUUUGACAAAUGUGUUCACUCAGCACAGAAGAAGCAUGCUACACCCGAGGAAAGCUAAACUAAUCCAACUGGCAUUUGAGGGGGAUCUUACAAGAAGAUUUCUGGGAGAAUGGAAUGAUCAAUUACUCAGGAAGUUCCACAGAGCAUCAAGGAGGCUGCAACUCUUCUGAAAAGGUAAGAAACAAUCUAGCUGGUUAGUUUUAUCAACAUCUUGGUGGUAUAGCCAGUGGCAUCAUUCAGCAAAAAUCUAGGGUAUGGAAUGGCAAAAUGACCUCCGUGUGUGUAGGGCUCUGUCCAUGGUGCUGCUUGAGCGCAGCGGAGAUUUCAAGCCAACCUGUCACUUCUUGGUCAAAAGCACUCAAUGAUGUCGGCAUUUUAACUUUUAUGUUUAUUGUGGUAUAGCGUGAUAAACAGAAUUCAAUAUAAUUCCAUUGCAAGAACCCAAAUAAUGCCCCUGGGUAUAGGUACAUAUCGGUUUGUUUCAUCAUACAAAUAGUGUCACAAGUGUAGAGAGGUGUAGGCAGGAGGCAGUCGCAGGGUUAGUUACUACUGAAUAUAUUAAAGCACCAUAGCUUAAAGCAGGACGAAACCCACAGUGCAAAAUAUAAAGGACUCAGGAAAUAGUAGGAGCGAUUCCUCUCAGGAAAACAAGCAACAUAUACAAUGACCGACAAAGACAAUUGACAGAGAGAGUAUAUAUACAGUGAUAGAGUGGGGAUUGGAACCAGGUGUGUGUAAUGAUGACGAGACAAGUCCGGGGUUGAUGAGUGAAGGGCGUUUGCCAGCAGCAGGUUCGGCAGCAGCUAGAAGGCCAGCGACGCCUGAGCUGGACAAGAGGGGGAGCCAAAGCGAAGGCUGGUGUGACAAAUAGAGACAUUCUAUUAUAGUUUUCUUGGUAGCCUAUUGGUUUUCGUGGUUGUUAAUGGAACUGUGCAUAUUGGAAAUGUGUUUAUGGUAGGCUGGCAUUGCUUAAUUGAUUACGAGGGUUGAAUUUGAUCCACAUACAGUACCAGUAAAAAAUUUGGACACACCUACUCAUUCCAGGGUUUUUCUUUAUUUUUACUAUUUUCUACAUUGUAGAAUAAUAGUGAAGAAAUCAAAACUAUGAAAUAACACAUAUGGAAUCAUGUAGUAACCAAAAAAGUGUUAAACAAAUCAAAAUAUAUUUUAUAUUAGAGAUUCUUCAAAGUAGCCACCAUUUGCCUUGAUGACAGCUUUGCACAAUCUUGGAAUUUUGUCACUGUGGAAAUGCCCUGGGAUAUUAUUUGCUUGAACUCUCGGCUUGUAAAAAGUGAUGUAGGCCUACAAUUCUCAUUAAAACAUAUUUCGUUCUAGGGCACAUAUGAUAACAAUCAAUAUGACAAGGGGGCGCCAAAUAUAAAAAUUACACUGUGCUCUGACCUUCAGUUAUCACCCCUUUUGCAGCUUUUUUUAAUAAUUGAAAACAGAUCCAGAGGUCUCACCAUUAAAAUCAAUAACUAAAUUACCCCACCUCUCUCUUCUUUCCUCCGAAACGUUUUUCUUAUCUCCCUCCGGGUACUAUUAUCAACACUGUCAAAUGGCUCCCCAGAAAGCACUGCCUGGAAAGCACAACUACACUCCUCACUUUUACCUGCUACCUUGUCUGAAGGAGAAGGCCUUGGCUCUACUCUCUAAAUGUACAUUUUGCCUGACAGUGUUCUUACAGCUUAGGCUCUGUGUCUCCGACACUCAUUGUGUCAAUGUAAAUGUGACUGUGCAGCAGUGUUUGGCUGGCUGUCAGUGAGCAGAUGCCACUUGGAGACAGGAGAGGGACAGGGGAGGGGGAGAAGUGCCAACUGGUGUUCAUUUAACGGCUAAGGUGACAGAUGAGUCAAGAUGAGUCAAGCCUUCUUCUUGAUUCCAAUGACUUAGCGAGGGCAGAAAUGGUUGUUUCUGUGACAGAGGCUAUAAUCACCACAUCCCUGAUGGAAUGUAACACUGUAGCAACGGACCGGGUAUCUAUUGCCUGUAGUGAUCAUUCUAAUGAGGUCACUUUGAUAAUGAAGUGACCGUAGGCAUCAGGGCUCUUGCAGGACUUUGAAUUCAUAGUGGGAAUCAAGGUAGUUAACAGCACCACCCCCUCUCCUUUUGGAAUCCCAAUCCCUUUCAUAUUUCAUUAUUUAGGACAGUCUAGUAGAAAGAAGACAGGGAGACAGAUAUAGGGGAGCAGUCAGAUGGGAAUGGCUAAAACAUGUUUAGAACCCCUGGGGGAUAUGGUCUGUAGUCAGCAGAACUACCACUAGACCAGACUCGGACACCAUCCACUUCUACCACAACUGUCUAAAGGUGAUCUCCUGCAAAUCCACUUUCAAAGCCUCUAUAUACCUCACACUCUCCUUAUGACCUACUUAGCUGUUGUAAUUAUCCCUGACACAGGGUAUAAAAUACAGUAGGUUAGGAAAGUAGAUCUAUUUUUUCAUUAUUUACUAUAGUUGAAUCCAAUAUUACAGAAGUUGAGGGAGUUGGCAAAAAGGUAGAGAGGUAUGAGAGGAGAUACAAAUGUUUUUUUUCCUCUGGCAGACCUUGAUAGCUUUGACAACUGGGCUAUGGAUUAUGGUUAUUGUCUGCAUCAUGGCAUACAGUACUCAGUACUCUGGUGAAAUUUAGGCUCUAGUUACCAUUGAAUGGAUCUUGAAAAUGUGUUGCUUUGUAUUGUGCAGUUCUCCUUCUGCUGCUACACACAGUUAAAAUAGUAGUAUUGUGCAGUAAAACCAUGAAAAGUAGGGCACCUAAGCUGAGAUCUGGUGUUUGAAUGUAAACCCAAUGUAAGUGUUACGAUACACUGAAUGUAUUUCAAAACAGAAUGGAAGUACUCUGAAUCACCCAAAGUGGUUCUUCAAUAUGAAUAAUUGAGUUUUUAAGAGUGUUGUGAAAACACUUUUUGGUGUUUCAGUGAAUGUAAAGGGCAGCAUUAAAACACAAAAAAAUAAUAAAUGGUUUUAAAUUGCAAAUGGAUUUUCACAUAUAUAUUGAUUGAUUAUGAUUUUCAUGUCCUCUUGCUCAGUUGUGCACCAGGGCCUCCAACUCCUCUUUCUAUUCUGGUUAGAGCCAGUUUGCGCUGUUCUGUGAAGAGAGUAGUACACAGCGUUGUACGAGAUCUUCAGUUGCUUGGCAAUUUCUCGCAUGGAAUAGCCUUAAUUUCUCAGAACAAGAAUAGACUGACGAGUUUCAGAAGAAAGUUAUUUGUUUCUGGUCAUUUUUAUUCUGUAAUCGAACCCACAAUUGCUGAUGCUCCAGAUACUCAACUAGUCUCAAGAAGGCCAGUUGUAUUGCUUCUUUAAUCAGCACAACAGUUUUCAGCUGUGCUAACAUAAUUGCAAAAGGGUUUUCUAAUGAUCAAUUAGCCUUUCAAAAUGAUAAACUUGGAUUAGCAAACACAACAUGCCAUUGGAACACAGGACUGAUGGUUGCUGAUAAUGGGCCUCUGUACGCCUAUGUAGAUAUUCCAUUAAAAAUCAUCCGUUUCCAGCUACAAUAGCCAUUUACAACAUUAACAAUUUCUACACUGUAUUUCUGAUCAAUUUGAUGUUUUUCUCUCGAAAACAAGGACAUUUCUAAGUGACCCCAAACUUUUGAAUGGUAGUGUAGGUUAAAUGCAACCAUUUUAGAACCUGAGUUUUUAGCAACGGCAUGGCUUAUACGCAUUAGAGGCUUCCAAUGGCGUUGAAUGCAUAGCGAAGACCGGGGCUAAAUGUAACACGGAUCAGGUGAAACAGGUUAUUUACAGUACAUGAUCCUUGUUUGGUUGAGUGCCAGUGGAACGUUUUUUUGGGGGGGCGACAUUCAAGUCAUCAAUAUGUUGCUCGCAGCAAGAUAACCUUGUGUUUAGACUGUAGAGUUGGUGAUCUAGCUAAUGAGUAGUCCAAUGGGGUACAUGGGCAACCCUCAGCCUAUUUAUAGACAAUAUGCUGCAUCAGGUGGGCUACAUCAGGUGAUAAUAAUUAUUGCUAAAUAGCACGCCUGCCUCAUAAUAUGGAUUAAUAAGUUAUAUUGGGCUCAUUUCUGAAGGGGGAAUUAUAUUUUAAUUCAUUUUGGAGUAGGAUGUCCUUUUAAAAAGUCACCAGAACUGACAUUCUCACGGUAAUUCUCCCCCCCAAAAUUGUAGAUCACUCCGCGACCUAUAGUAUGCUGUGAUAUGUGCUUUUGUCAGUAUAUAUUUAGGCCAGUAUAUUAGGCCUCCCAAAUCCCAAUUUUAACCACUGGCUACAUGGAGUUGUUACCCUUUGCCUUGAUGACAGCUUUGCACAUGCUUGGCAUUCUCUCAACCAGCUUCAUGAGGUAGUCACCUGGAAUGCAUUUCAAUUAACACGUGUGCCUUCUUAAAAAAUAAUUUGUGGAAUUUCUUUCAUUCUUAAUGCGUUUGAGCCAAUCAGUUGUGUUGUGACAAGGUAGGGGUGGUAUACAGAAGAUAGCCCUAUUUGGUAAAAGACCAAGUCCAUAUUAUGGCAAGAACAGCUCAAAUAAGCAAAGAGAAACGACAGUCCAUCAUUACUUUAAGACAUGAAGGUCAGUCAAUCCGGAACGUUUCAAGAACUUUCAAAGUUUCUUCAAGUGCAGUCGCAAAAACCAUCAGGCGCUAUGAUGAAAUUGGCUCUCAUGACGACCGCCACAGGAAAGGAAGACCCAGAGGUACCUCUGCUGCAGAGGAUAAGUUCAUUAGAGUUAACUGCACCUCAGAUUGCCGCCCAAAUAAAUGCUUCACAGAGUUCAAGUAACAGACACAUCUCAACAUCAACUGUUCAGAGGAGACUGCGUGAAUCAGGCCUUCAUGGUCGAAUUGCUGCAAAGAAACCACUACUAAAGGACACCAAUAAGAAGAAGAGACUUACUUGGGCCAAGAAAAACGAGCAAUGGACAUUAGACCGGUGGAAAUCUGUCCUUUGGUCUGAUGAGUUCAAAUUUGAGAUUUGUGGUUCAAACCGCAUUGUCUUUGUGAGACAGAGUAGGUGAACGGAUUAUCUCUGCAUGUAUGGUUCCCACCGUGAAGCAUGGAGGAGGUGGUGUGAUAAUAAUAAUAAUAAUAAUAUGCCAUUUAGCAGACGCUUUUAUCCAAAGCGACUUACAGUCAUGCGUGCAUACAUUUUUUUUGUGUAUGGGUGGUCCCGGGGAUCGAACCCACUACCUUGGCGUUACAAGCGCCGUGCUCUACCAGCUGAGCUGCUUUGCUGGUGACACAGACAGUGAUUUAUUAAGAAUUCAAGGCACAUUUAACCAGCAUGGCUACCACAGAAUUCUGCAGUGAUACGCCAUCCCAUCUGGUUUGCGCUUUGUGGGACUGUCAUUUGUUUUUCAACAGGAAAAUGACCCAAAACACACCUUCAGGCUGUGUAAGGGCUAUUUUACCAAGAAGGAGAGUGAUGGAGUGCUGCAUCAGAUUACCUGACCUCCACAAUCACCCGACCUCAACCCAACUGAGAUGGUUUGGGAUGAGUUGGACCACAGAGUGAAGGAAAAGCAGCCAACAAGUGCUCAGUAUAUGUGGGAACUCCUUCAAGACUGUUGGAAAAGGAUUCCUCAUGAAGCUGGUUGAGAGAAUGACAAGAGAGUGCAAAGCUGUCAUUUACAUUUACAUUUAAGUCAUUUAGCAAACACUCUUAUCCAGAGCGACUUACAAAUUGGUGCAUUCAACUUAAUGUAGCCAGUGGGAGGGGGAGGGGGGGGGGGGAUUACUGUUAUACUAUUCCAGGUAUUCCUUAAAGAGGUAGAGUUUCAAGUGUCUCCGGAAGGGGUCAGUGACUCCGCUGUCCUGGCGUCGUGGGGGUGCUUGUUCCACCAUUGGGGUGCCAGAGCAACGAAUAGCUUUGACUGGGCUGAGCGGGAACUGUGCUUCCGUAGUGGUAGGGGGGCUAGCACCCCAGAGGUGGAUGAACGUAGUGCCCUCGUUUGGGUGUAGGGUCUGAUCAGAGCCUGAAGGUAAGGAGGUGCCGUUCCCCUCACAGCUCCGUAGGCAAGCACCAUGGUUUUGUAGUAGAUGCAAGCUUCAACUGGAACCAGUGGAGUGUGUGGUGGAGCGGGGUGACAUGAGAAAACUUGGGAAGAUUGAACACCAGACGGGCUGCAGCGUUCUGGAUAAGUUGUAGGGGUUUAAUGGCACAGGCAGGGAGCCCAGCCAACAGCGAGUUGCAGUAAUCCAGACGGGAGAUGACAAGUGCCUGGAUUAGGACCUGUUCAAAGGGUGGCUACUUUGAAGAAUCUAAAAUAUAUUUUGAUUUGUUUAACACUUUUUUGUUUACUAGAUGAUUCCAUGUGUUAUUUCAUAGUUUUCAUGUAGGUGUGUCCAAACCUUUGACGGGUACUGUAUGGUUCAACUAUUGAAGUAUUUCCUGUGCUAGGUCUAAGGGAUAAUGUUUGCUUUUUAAAUGUUGUUUUAUGUUCCGAAUCUAGAAAAACAUGCCAAAUGCUAACAAAAUUAGCCUUGGAGAAUUUUAUUGCGCAAAAAAAUAAAACAAAAAGGUUUGGAGAUGUAUAUUACAAAUUUGAAUAAUCUAAUGUUAGAAUUAAACAAUCAAGGCCUUUAAACACUUCUUGGAAAAUAAAUGGACAAUAAAUGUACAAAUGAAAUGCCUAUUAUGGUGUCUGAUGGAGUUUACAUUAAUUCAGUUACUUGCAUUUUAUGAAGAAAAAAUAACAAUAAUUAAGAGUUUGUUCCUUUACAUGGUGUGAUAGCUGAUACUUUGGUCUAUCAAAAUAUAUAUUUCAAAUGUCGUUAAAGGGGAAUGGAAACACUAGUCUUUAGAACACUAGCUCACUAACUGUAUAUCGCCAUAUUGGCAUUGUUGCAUCAUCAACAUUGUUGCAUCAUCGGUAGGAGAAUUUACUGAGACCAUAACCUCUGCGUACAUUAAUGAGCAUAAUUUUCUGGUGUCAAACCCAAUGAAAACAUGAUACAUACACUACAUGACCAAAAGUAUGUGGACACCUGCUCGUCGAAAAUCUAAUUCCAAAAAUGUUUUUAUUUUAUUUAUUUCACCUUUAUUUAACCAGGUAAGCCAGUUGAGAACAAAAUAAUGGGGAUUAAGAUGGAGUUGGGCCCCCCUUUGCUGCUAUAACAGCCUCCACUCUUCUGGGAAGGCUUUCCACUAGAUGUUGGAACAUUGCUGCUCGGCCAUGGAACACCAAGUGUCCACUUUUACAUUAUGGGGUAUUGUGUGUAAGCCAGUGACACACAAUCUCAAUUUAAUCAAUUUUAAAUUCAGGCUGUAACACAACAAAAUGCGGAAAAAGUCAAGGGGUGUGAAUAAUUUCCAAAGGCACUGUACACUCUUCUCAUUUGCAACACUCUUCUCCUUUGCAAGGUAUUAUCAUUCUAAUAAGUGCAGUGUGCAUGCAAAAUUAUUUGGCUGUGGACUAAUGGACACCAGAAAUAGUCCUUUAAAAAGCAACAAAUCCCUUUAAAAACAGCAUAUGUGGCAUCGAUUCGAGUCAGAAACAGUUAUUCUAGUGUCAAAAUUGACUACAAAGUGUAAAUAGGAUAAUUUUGGUCAUAAAGUAAAUUUCGUUUAAAAUGGAGUUUGGAACAUCGGUGCGUCCCAACAGGUAAAUGAAGGUCGGGUUUUGAUUUGACGAUGCCCAUUUGCCCACGAACAUGGGGUGAACAGCUUCGGUGAAUACUCUCUAUCCAAUAGCAUAGACAGAUCUGCCCAGCAGCUCCGACUUUGUUUACAUAAGACAAUAAUUUAUAAUAAUAAUAUAUGCCAUUUAGCAGACGCUUUUAUCCAAAGCGACUUACAGUCAUGCGUGCAUAAUUAUAAUUUUUUUGUGUAUGAACACGUCACACAUUUUUACUGAGAAUUGCACCAAACCUAGUUAGAUGUAAAAUUACCAACUAAACAUGCUUGCAAAAUGUACAAAAUAUGAUCGAUUUUUUUAGAAAGUAAAUAGCUUGCAUCUACAGUCCAUGGGGAUAACCAAACAGAACACCUUCUAAUAAGUACUGCAUGCAUACUUACUAUUAGUUAUAUACUUGCAAAGAGAGAAGUCAAAGGCUGGCUGCGUGCCUAAAUGACUUGCCAAGGGGUAUGGUGAUUUGGACCAGUAAUCUGUAGAUUUUUUAACAUGUCUUGAGCUUAUAAAGAGAUACAGUUAAGCUACUUUAAAACACCUUUUCAGGACAAGUUCCCAGUUGAUAUAUCGAAAGCGCAUGUCUCUACUACUAAGUCUUCAUAUUUUACACAGAGAUCAGGGGUUGUUCUAUACGGAUGAAUGGAACAUUUUGAAGGGCCAUUUGCCGUAUCAAUAACCUUAAAAUUCCACAGUAAAAAGUGUGUAGUUGCUUAGUGAAAAGGUUUCAGGAUGUAACCUAUUUUUGUUCUUGCAGCCUUGUCUGCUUAGUACAGUCAAGGGUUCAUCUCAUAGGGGAUUUGUGGCAGGAAAUCUGACAUUUUAAAGGACUGUAUUUCUAGAGUGCAUUAGUCCACAGCCAAAUCAUUGUGCAUGCACACUGUACUUAUUAGAGUUAUAAUACCCUGCAAAGGAGAAGAGUGUAGGUCAAUGCCUUUGGCUGCAGUGCAUAAGUUGACUUUGCACAAAGUGGUAUGGCGAUUUGGACCUGCCUAAAUGACUACCGCCCCGAAUGCUGUUCAUUGACUACAUCUCAGCGUUCAACACCAUAGGGCCCUCAAAGCUCAUCACUAAGCUAAGGACCCUGGGACUAAACACCUCCCUCUGAAACUGGAUCCUGGACAUCCUGACGGGCCGCCCCCAGGUGGUAAGGGUAGGCAACCAUAUGUCUGCCACGCUGAUCCUCAAUCCUGGGGCCCCUCAGGGGUGAGUGCUUAGUCCCCUCCUGUACUCCCUGUUCACCCAUGACUGCGUGGCCAAGCACGACUCCAACACCAUCAUUACGUUUGCGAUGAGACAGCCUAUAGGGAGGAGGUCAGAGACCUGGCAGUGUGGUGCCAGGACAACAACCUCUCCCUCAAUGUGAGCAAGACAAUGGAGCUGAUUGUGGACUUCAGGAAAAGGAGGGCCGAACAGGGCUGUAGUUGAGAGUUUCAAGUGCCUUGGUGUCCACAUCACCAACAAACUAUCAUGGUCCAAACACACCAAGACAGUCAUGAAGAGGGCACGACUAUUUAUAUUUAAUUUUUUACUUUCGUUUAUUUAGUAAAUAUUUUACUCUAUUUCUUGAACUGCAUUGUUGGUUAAGGGCUUGUAAGUAAGCAUUUCACGGCCAUUUGCCGUAUCAAUAACCUUACAAUUUCACAGUAAAAAUGUCUGAUGCUGUUAUAAGUUAUAGAUACAAGUGUGUUGCUUAGUGAAAAGGUUUCAGGAUGUAACCUAUUUUUUUAUUUGUGACCGUGUCUGCUUGGUUCAGUCAGGGCUAGUUAUGGUUAGGGCUAAGAGAGGUUUUCAAAGAGGCCCUAUUGGGAAGUAAAUGCAUGAUUAUCUGAAAACAAAACAAAAUGUUAGUUGUCAUUCACACUUCAUAUACUAUGUAAUAGCAUGUUCUAAAAUAUACAUCAACAUUAUUCUAGAAAACAUACUGUUUAGAUAUAGUUUGAGUUCAUUUUGUAAAACAGCAUUAGGGUUAUAAUUUUAGGCCCUAUUUUUUGAAAGUGUUAUUUCCAUAGUUUUUUUACAAGGUAACUUAUAUCUACAGUUGUUUGCCAUGAACAUGUUUAUUAAUUUCCAACAAAAAAGUUAAUACAUUUAUAUAACAGACAAAGCAUGAGAAUUAAAUUAUAUGUAUUUUCGGUACAUCCGACAGGGCCUCUGUUACCUACGAUUUAUAGUUAGAAAUUGUUGUAAAUCCAAGAAUAAAGGAGAAAACAUUAUGAAACUGCAUGCAAUUAACAGAAGAGGAUGUAGGAACAUGCUGACAGUGUGAACCCUCUGACCACAUCACAUCAUGUAAAAGUGUUAUCCAACCAUUAACAUUGUUUUCAAACAUCAAAGGGAUGCACAAUCAUGCAAUACACUGGGAUUUUUAAAAUCUAAAUAUUGAUGGAAAUGUAUUUUACAUGGAGAUAAUGAGAUAACAAUUUGCUCGCUCCUACCAAUGAAGCAUUGGUGUCAGUCGUUACUAAGGAAAUUGAAGAUGGCGCUACCCAUACACCUCUAAUAAACUUUGUUCAUGAUCAAAAUACAAAAAAUAUUGAUGUUUCUAUGUUACAAGCACAUGUUUAGUAUUAGUGGAUUGAAUACAUCUCUUUGCUCAGCUUUACUUCCUGAAGUGUUUCCAUUCCCCUUUAAUAUUAAGAAAAAUAGUUGUGAAAAAAAGUGGAGAUUGUCCCAUCUUUCAAAAUUGCUAUAAUGGAUAGCUUAAUCACCUAUUCAUUUAGCCUAUUGCUAUUGAUUUGUUUAUUAAUUGUAUAUUCAUAUUACAAUAUAUUAAUAUUAAAGCAUUUGAUAACCUAAUUAUGCAUUCACGUACUAUCAUCAUUAUUGAUUGUUAUUAUUUGCAAUUUUUAUGUCUCCCUGCAGAAAGACAUGGAUACAUACAGUACCAGUCAAACGUUUGGACACAGCUACUCAUUUCUUUAUUUGUACUAUUUUCUACAUUGUAGAAUAAUAGUGAAGACAUCAAAACUAUUAAAUAACACAUAUGGAAUCAUAGUAACCAAAAAAGUGUUAAACAAAUGAAAAUAUAUUUUAUAUUUGAGAUUCUUCAAAUAGCCACCCUUUGCCUUGAUGACAGCUUUGCACACUCUUGGCAUUCUCUCAACCAGCUUCACCUGGAAUUAUUUUCCAACAGUCUUGAAGGAGUUCCUACAUAUGCUGAGCACUUGUUGGCUGCUUUUCCUUCACUCUGCGGUCUGACUCAUCCCAAACCAUCUCAAUUGGGGUGAGGUCGGGGGAUUGUGGAGGCCAGGUAAUCUGAUGCAGCACUCCAUCACUCUCCUUCUUGGUAAAAUAGCCCUUACACAGCCUGGAGGUGUGUUUUCGGUCAUUGUCCUGUUGAAAAACAAAUGAUAGUCCCAUUAAGCCCAAACCAGAUGGGAUGGUGUAUCACUGCUGAAUGCUGUGGUAGCCAUGCUGGUUAAGUGUGCCUUGAAUUCUAAAUUAAUCACAGACAGUGUCACCAGCAAAGCACUCCCACACCAUAACACCUCCUCCUCCAUGCUUUACAGUGUGAAAUACACAUGCAGAGAUCAUCCGUUCACCCACACCGUGUCUCACAAAGCCACGACGGUUGGAACCAAAAAGGACAAAUUUCCACCGGUCUAAUGUCCAUUGCUCGUGUUUCUUGGCCCAAGCAAGUCUCUUCUUAUUAUUGGUGUCCUUUUGUGUUUUCUUUGUAGCAAUUCGACCAUGAAGGCCUGAUUCACACAGUCUCCUUUGAACAGUUGAUGUUGAGAUGUGUCUGUUACUUGAAGUCUGUGAAGCAUUUAUUUGGGCUGCAAUUUCUGAGGCUGGUAACUCUAAUAAACGUAUCCUCUGCAGCAGAGGUAACUCUGGGUCUUCCAUUCCUGUGGCAGUCCUCAUGAGAGCCAGUUUCAUCAUAGCGCUUGAUGGUUUCUGCGACUACACUUGAAGAAACUUUCAAAGUUCUUGAAAUGUUACGUAUUGACAGACCUUCAUGUCUUACAGGUGCAUCCUGUUUCCAUUGAUCAUCCUUGAUGUUUCUACAACUUGACUGAAGUCCAGCUGUGGUAAAUUCAAUUGAUUGGACAUGAUUUGGAAAGGCACUCACCGGUCUAUAUAAGGUCCCACAGUUGACACUGCAUGUCAAAACAAAAACCAAGCCAUGAGAUCGAAGGAAUUGUCCGUAGAGCUCCGAGACAGGAUGAUGUCAAGGCACAGAUCAGGGGAGGGUACCAAAACAUGUCUGCAGCAUUGAAGGUCCCCAAGAACACAUUGGCCUCCAUCAUUCUUAAAUGGAAGAAGUUUGGAACCACCAAGACUCUUCCUAGAGCUGGCCGCCCGGCCAAACUGAGCAAUUGGGGGAGAAGGGUCUUGGUCAGGGAGGUGACCAAGAACCCAAUGGUCACUCUGACAGAGCUCCAGAGUUCCUCUGUGGAGAUGGGAGAACCUUCCAGAAGGACAACCAUCUCUGCAGCACUCCACCAAUCAGUCCGUUAAGGUGGAGUGGCCAGACGGAAGCCACUCCUCAGUAAAAGGCACAAGACAGCCCACUUGGAGUUUGCCAAAAGGCACCUAAAGGACUCUCAGACCAUGAGAAACAAGAUUCUGUGGUCUGAUGAAACCAAGAUUGAACUCUUUGGCCUAAAUGCCAAGCGUCACGUCUGGAGGAAACAUGGCACUAUCCCUACUGUGAAGCAUGGUGGUGGCAGCAUCAUGCUGUGGGGGGGGGAUGUUUUUCAGCAGCAGGGACUGGGAGACUAGUCAGGAUCGAGGGAAAGAUGAACGGAGCAAUGUACAGAGAGAUCCUUGAUGAAAACCUGCUCCAUAGCGCUCAGGACCUCAGGCUGGGACGAAAGUUCACCUUCCAACAGGACAUCGACCCUAAGCACACAGCCAAGACAACACAGGAAUGGCUUUGGGACAAGUCUCUGAAUGUCCUUGAGUGGCCCAGUCACAGCCCGGACUUGAACCCGAUCGAGUAUCUCUGGAGAGACCUGAAAAUCGUUGUGCAGUGACGCUCCCCAUCCAACCUGACAGAACUUGAGAGGAUCUGCAGAGAAGAAUGGGAGAAACUCCCCAAACACAGGUGUGCCAAGCUUGUAGCGACAUACCCAAGAACACUCGAGGCUGUUAUCGCUCCCAAAGGCGCUUCAACAAAGUGCUGAGUAAAGGUCUGAAUACUUUUGUAAAUGUGAUAUGUCCGUUUUUUUUUUUUUUAAUACAUUUGCAAAAAUGUCUUAAAACCUGUUUUUGCUUCGUCAUUAUGGGGUAUUGUGUGUAGAUUGAUGAGGGGGGAAAAGGAUUUAAUCAAUUUUAGAAUAUGGCUGUAACGUAACAAAAUGUGGAAAAAGUCAAGAGGUCUGAAUACUUCCCGAAUGCGCUGUAUAUGCAAAUAACCAUUGCCAUAUAUGGAUCUGUGCCAUUCACUGUGUUUAUAGCAUUAGCAGUCGCGAGUAGAUGCGCUUGUUUUGAUAUCAAAGCGAGAGCUGAGUGUAGCCACCUGUGCACAUUUUGUUCAUAUUCUUUGCUAGUUAGUGAGUUAUUAGCCUAGUUAUAGCUCAUGUCCAGUCAUUGUAGUCCCCUGUAGCUCAGUUUGUAGAGCAUGUCGCUUGCAACGCCAGGGUUGUGGGUUCGUUUCCCACGGGGGGCCAGUAUGAAAAAAUGUAUGCACUCACUAACUGUAAGUCGCUCUGGAUAAGAGCGUCUGCUAAAUUACUAAAAUGUCAAAAUGUAGUCAACAAUGGGGGAGUGGUUGCUUCCUACAAGAGCACAAAAUGUGUGCCUUUCUAGCCAUCUUUAAAAAGCGAGUCAGGUAAAGAGCUUUUUUUAUCAAAUCUAAUUUUAUUUGUCACAUGCGCCGAAUACAACAGGUGUUGACCUUAUUGUGAAAUGCUUACUUGAAAGCCCUUAACCAACAAUGCCAAUGUGCCAGGUACAGGUUAGUCGAGGUAAUAUGUCUUAAAGGGGCAGUGUUGUAUUUUGAGUCUUGAAUAAGCUAAGUUGCCAAUAGGCAGAGGGUAGCAUAAUUUGCCUGUUUCUCUCUAAUAAUGGUAUGGGAAUAAUAAUUAAUGUUAUUUUGUAAAGUGGAUCAAACCACAUUUUCAGUCACCUCCUUGUCUGAAGGACAAGUCGAUAAACAGGUUUAUGUCAAGCCCUGCAUGUUUUUUUCAAAAGUCUCAUGGAAUGUAGGCCUACAUUGAACACCACACAUUAGCUGCUACUGACAGAACAGCUGUCAGUAGCAAUACAUUUGUCUCCAUUGUUUUUGAUGGUAGGCCACUCUGGAAGGCCUACAUUAUGAUAAAAUAGCCACAAAGAGCUGUGGAAGUCGCUUUGGAUUAAAAACACUACUAAGGAAAGAAACCUAUAAACUCCCACUUUGGCCACUGUUAAAACUGUAACUUAAAGCGGGUACAGCCUCAGUGUUCACAGUUAACGCACGCCGGUAGUUCCACAGAAUUUUCACAAUGUUGAAGUUAGCGCUCAGCAGACCUGAAAUUUGCUCAGUGCUGAAAACAAUUUGAGGGAACAUUGGUGGACACCCUAGUAUAUGUUAAGUAAAAUGUGUACAGAGAGUGUUAUUGUCUCCCUGAUCCAGGACUAAUCAGAAUACUUAAAAAAAAAAAAAAAACAUCCAAACAUCACCCCUGCCCAGACCUACCUGUUGAUACUCCCUUCUCCAGCGCUCAUAUCACUCUCCGCCACAUGGCCUCAAACUGCACCAUUUUGUUUCUCUCCAUUGCCCACGCACUUUCAACAUUUAGAUAAUAAAGCAUUUAACCUUUCCAUUGUGUUAACGAUGGAGGAUUGGUUGAUUUCCCGUUUUUAAGUAUAUGUUUUUUCAAGAUGAUUGAAAAGAAAAGUAUCGUCCAACCCAUCGGGUAUCUCACUGCACCCUCAUAUGCCAUAUCUUGAAAUAUGCAGACAGACAGACUAAAAGUACAUUUACAUUGUAAUACUUCUGACAGCCAACUUUCUGACUCCGGCCAUACUUUUUUGACUUUAUAACAUUCCCAGAAGGCAUGGAUUAUUGAGUCAUUGUUAGUUUUACUCUUAAGACAUGACUCUGCCAUUGUGCUGUAGAAUUUGUCUUGUGUAAUAAAUACAUUAAUUUAUACUGGAUUAAGCGUACAUUUUCAUUAACUGUAAUUUCGUUAGUCAUGUUCCAACAUUCCAUCCAUCUAAUUAGAUUACAAUGGUGUAUUUUGUUUUAGCAAGAAACUCACAGUAAUAAUUGUGUGUAUGUAUUGUAUGUGUGUGUGUGUGUGUGUGUGUGUGUGUGUGUGUGUGUGUGUGUGUGUGUGUAUGUGUGCCUUCGACAAAUGUUAAUAUUUGAGAAGUAACUCCUCUCGCUGUGAGGCUGCCAGUGCGAUUUGGCAGAUUAUGUGAAAACAACUCAUCUCAUUCUUACCACGCUCAGAAUUGAUCUAAUUCGUGACUUUGAAUUAAGUGCUGCAGGGAAAAAAGCAACUGUUCAAGUCAAAAGAGCUGAACGGACAAUACCAGGUUGACCUCUAAGUGUUGGAGAACAUGAGGCUUGUGAUUUGAACCAACCAACUUGCCUAAACACGGGAACACUUUUCUUGUAGGUUAAUCUAGUCCGGUGAAGCUUGAUUGUAGUAGGAAGCGUGAGAGGGCCAGGAGAUCAACAUUCAUGUUAUUAUUCAAGCCAAAAAUCUUCAUAAGCUAUACACUGAGUAUACCAAACAUUAGGAACACCUUCCUAAUAUUGAGUUCCACCCACCCCCCGUCCUCAGAACAGCCUCAAUUCAUCUGAGCAUGGACUCUACAAGGUGUCGAAAGCGUUCCAAAGGGAUGCUGGCCCAUGUUGACUCCAAUGCUUCCCUCAGUUGUGUAAAGUUGUCUGGAUGUCCUUUGUGUGGUGGACCAUUCUUGAUACACAGGAGAAACUGUUGAGCGUGAAAAACCUAGCAGCGUUGCAGUUCUUGACACAAACCAGUGCGCCUGGCACCUACUACCAUACCCCAUUCAAAGGCACUGAAAUAUUUUGUCUUGCCCAUUCACCCUCUGAAUGGCACACAUACAAUCCAUGUCUCAAUUCUCAAGGCUUAAAAAGCCUUCUAUAACCUGUCUCAUCCCCUUCAUCUACACUGACUUGAAGUGGAUUUAACAAAUGACAUCAAUAAGGGAUCAUAGCUUUCACCUGGAUUCACGUGGUCAGUCUGUCAUGGAAAGAGCAGGUGUUAAUGAUUUGUACACUCAGCGUAUAUGGGUUUCAUCAGUUUAUGCAGCAGUAGAGCCAAGCAUUAAAUGGUAGGCCUACAUACAUAGCUACCAGAAGGUUGGUGCCCUGAAAUUCAGGUGGAGAAUAGUGCAGUUACUGCAUGCCAUUGAGCACAGUAAUUCACCUGGCUUCCUCCAGUACAGAACAUACUCAGCUAGAAAAAAAUAAAAAAUGGGAGAGCUGUGGAAGUAUCUUUGGAUGAAAAACAUUAAGCAAAGAAACCAUUUAACUCCCACUUUCACUGGGUCAGUGGUGGAAUGGGGCUUUGGGGCCUAUAGGGAGGGCCUCUAACCUUGAUAAGUCGGCCUUGCUCCGUCUGCAGAGUGGUGAGCUCUUGACCCAGGUUCCCCUGGCCUCGCCUCAGAGAUUCGUACUCCAACUUGAGCUGGUUGGCGUGGCCCGAUAGCUUGGCCACCUCCUCAGCCAGCUUUACCAGCAGGGCCCGUUCCUGGCCCUUCACUGACUUCAGGUCCGUGUCAUGGUCAGUUAGCGAGUGGAGCAGCGACGUCUGCACGCCCUCCAGCUGCAGGAAGUUGUUGUUGUAGUCUGGGCAGUUGGGGUCGAUGAAGAUGUUGAUGUGCGAACCAUCGCCCCGCUCGACCGUCACCAGGGCGUUAACCCCGUCGUGGUUGGUGGAGAUGAGUGGGGGGCCGUCAUUGGUGCCGGGGGGCGGGGCUUGGUAGUGGUUCAUGAGUAGGAUGGUACCGGUUGCCGUGAUGGCCAGGAGGACGGCCACGAAGAGCAGGAUGGUGCACAGGAAGUAGCUACAGCCCAUCCUCUGGGGAGACAGGUGAGAGAGACACAGAGAGGAGAGAAUAGCAUGAGAUUAGGACCCACUUUAGACAAACAAUUUAUACAGGUUUUAUAGAACAUUCAUAAAGGAUUCAUAAGCACUACAUAGAAUCAUUUAUAAGCAAAGUCAUACUACACUGAACAAAAAUAUAAAUGCAACAAUUUUUUUACGUUACAGUUCAUAUAAGGAAAUCAGUUAAUUAAUUAAUUUGGCCCUAAUCUAUGGAUUUCACAUGACCAGUAAUGCAGAUAUGCAUCUGUUGGUCACAGAUAUCUUAACGAAAAAUGUAAAGGCAUGGAUAAGAAAACCAGUCAGUAUCUGGUGUUACCACCAUUUGCCUCAUGCAGCGUGACACAUCUCCUUCGCAUAGAGUUGAUCAGGCUGUUGAGUGUGAACUGUGGAAUGUUGUACCACUCCUCUUCAAUGGCUGUGUCGAAGUUGCUGGAAAUUGGCGAGAACUGGAACACGCUGUCGUACACGUCGAUCCAGAGCAUCCCAAACAGGCUCAAUGGGUGACAUACAGUGCAUUCGGAAAGGAUUCAGACCCCUUGACUUUUUCCACAUUUUGUUAUGUUACAGGCUUGUUCUAAAAUGUAUUACAUUUCCCCCAUCAAUCUACACACAUUACCCCAUAAUGACAAAGCGAAAACAGGUUUUUAAAUAUGUUGGGAAAUUAAAUAUAAAAUAAUACAAAAAAUACCUUAUUUACAUAAGUAUUCAGACCCUUUGCUAUGAGACUUUUCCAUUGAUCAUCCUUGAGAUGUUUCUACAACUUGGAGUCCACCUGUGGUAAAUUCAAUUGAUUGGACAUAAUUUGGAAAAGCACACACCUGUCUAUAUAAGGUCCCACAGUUGACAGUGCAUGUCAGAGCAAAAACCAAGCCAUGAGGUCGAAGGAAUUGUCCUAGAACUGGCCGCCCAGCCAAACUGAGCAAUCUGGGGAGAUGGCCUUGGUCAGGGAGGUGACCAAGAACCCGAUGUUCACUCUGACAGAGCUCCAGAGUUCCUCUGUGGAGAUGGGAGAACCUUCCAGAAUGACACCUAUCUCUGCAGCACUCCACCAAUCAGGCCUUUAUAGUAGAGUGGCCAGAUGGAAGCCACUCAUCAGUAAAAUGCACAUGACAGGCCCGCUUGGAGUUUGCCAAAAAGCACCUAAAGGACAAGAUUCUCUGGUCUAAUGAAACCAAGAUUGAAUUAUUUGGCCUGAAUGCCAAGUGUCACGUCUGGAGGAAACCUGGCACCAUCUCUACGGUGAAGCAUGGUGGUGGCAGCAUCAUGCUGUGAGGAUGUUUUUCAGAAGCAGGGACUGGGAGACUAGUCAGGAUCGAGGGAAAGAUGAACGGAGCAAAGUACAGAGAGAUCCUUGAUGAAAACGUACUUCAGAGCACUCAGGACCUCAGGCGAAGGUCCACCUUCCAACAGGACAAUGACCCUAGGCACACAGCCAAGACAACGCAGGAAUGGCUUCAGGACAAGUCUCUGAAUGUCCUUGAGUGGCCCAGCCAGAGCCCAGACUUGAACCCGAUUUAACAUCUCUGGAGAGACCUGAAAAUAGCUGUGCAGCAAUGCUCCCUAUCCAACCUGACAGAGCUUGAGAGGAUCUAUAGAGAAGAAUGGGAGAAACUCCCCAAAUACAAGUGUGCCAAGCUUUUUAGCUUCGUACCCAAGAAGAAUCGAGGCUGUAAUCGAUGGCAAAGGUGCUUCAACAAAGUACUGGGUGAAGGGUCUGAAUAUUUCUGUAAAUGUGAUAUGUUUUAUAUAUUUUUUAAUACAUUUGCUAAAAUUUCUAAAAACCUGUUUAUGCUUUGUCAUUAUGGGGUAUUGUAUGCAGAUUGAUGAGGAUACAUUUUUUUUUUAUCGAAGGAAUUGACCGUAGAGCUGCGAGACAGGAUUGAGUCGAGGCACAGAUCUGGGGAAGGGUACCAAAACAUGUUUGCAGCAUUGAAGGUCCCCAAGAACACAGUGAGCUCCACCAUUCUUAAAUGGAGGAAGUUUGGAACCACCAAGACUGUUCCUAGAACUGAGCAAUCGGGGGAGAAGGGCUUUGGUCAGGGAGGUGACCAAGAACCUGAGGGUCACUCUGACAAAACUCCAGAGUUCCUCUGUGGAGAUGGGAGAACCUUCCAGAAGGCCAACCAUCUCUGCAGCACUCCACCAAUCAAGCCUUUAUGGUGGAGUGGCCAGACGGAAGCCACUCCUCAGUAAAAGGCACAUGACAGCCCGCUUGGAGUUUUCCAAAAGGCAACUAAAGGACUCUGACAAUGAGAAACAAGAUUCUCUGGUCUGAUGAAACCAAGAUUGAACUCUUUGGCCUGAAUGCCAAGCGUCACGUCUGGAGGGAACCUGGCACCAUCCCUACGGUGAAGGAUGGUGGUGGCAGCAUCAUGCUGUGGGGAUGUUUUUCCGCAGCAGGGACAGGGAGACUAGUCAGGAUUGUGGGAAAGAUGAACGGAGCAAAGUACAGAGAGAUCCUUGAUGAAAACCUGCUCCAGAGCGCUCAGGACCUGAGACUGGGAGAAGGUUUACCUUCCAACAGGACAAUGACCCUAAGCAUACAGCCAAGACAGCGCAGGAGUAGCUUCGGGACAAGUCUCUGAAUGUCCUUGAGUGGCCCUGCCACUCGAACAUCGAUGGAGAGACCUAAAAAUAGCUGUGCAGCGACGCUCACCAUCCAACCUGACAGAGCUUGAGAGGAUCUGCAGAGAAGAAUGGGAGAAAUCCCCAAAUACAGGUGUGCCAAGCUUGUAGCGUCGUAUCCAAGAAGACUUGAUACCAUAACUCCACAGACACCAUAAGGUACUCUGUUCACAAUGUUGACAUCAGCAAACCGCUCGCCCACACGUCUGCCCGGUACAUUGAAAUUUGGAUUCCUCUGUGAAGAGCAAAAUUCUCCAGCAUGCCAGUGACAAUCGAAGGUGAGCAUUUGCCCACUGAAGUAGGUGACAACGCCGAACUGCAGUCAGGUCAAGACCCUAGUGAGGACGACGAGCACACAGAUGAGCUUCCCUGUGCAAACUCACAGUUUCAUCAGCUGUCCGGGUGGCUGGUCUCAGAUGAUCCCACAGGUGAAGAAGCUGGAUGUGGUGGUCCUGGGCUGGCGUGGUUACACAUUGUCUGCGGUUGUGAGGCCGGUUGGACGUACUGCCAAAUUCUCUAAAACUACGUUGGAGGCGGCUUAUGGUAGAGAAAUUAAUAUUACAUUCUCUGGCAACAGCUCUGGUGGACAUUUCUGCAGUCAGCAUGUCAACACAACAUGUGAAGUGUUGUUUCCAUGUUUCAUGAGCUGAAAUAAAAGAUCCCAGAAAUGUUCUAUGUGCACUUAAAGCUUAUUUCUCUCAGAGUUUGUGCACGAAUUUGUUUAAAUCCCUGUUAGUGAGCAUUUUUCCUUUGCCAAGAUAAUCCAUCCACCUGAACGGUGUGGCAUAUCAAGAUGCUGAUUAAACAGCAUGAUCAUUACACAGGUGCACCUUGUGCUGGGGACAAUAAAAGACCACUAAAAUGUGCACAAUGCCACAGAUCGGUGGGUGCAAUUUGUAUGCUGACUGCAGAAAUGUCCACCAGAGUGUUUGUCAGAGAAUUGAAUGUUAAUUUCUCUACCAUAAGCCACCUCCAACGUUAUUUUAGAGAAUUUGGUAGUACGUCCAACUGGCCUCACAACCGCAAACCACGUGUAUGGCGUUAUGUGGGCACAAAGAGAUACCGUGAUGAGAUCCUGAGGACCAUUGUCGUGCCAUUGAUCCUCCGCCAUCACCUCAUGUUUCAGCAUGAUAAUACACGGCCCCAUGUCGCAAGGAUCUGUAGACAAUUCCUGGAGCUGAAAAUGUCCCAGUUCUUCCAUGGCCUGCAUACUCAACAUGUCACCCAUUGAGCAUAUUUGGGAUGCUCUGGAUCGACGUGUACGCCAGCGCAUUCCAAUUCCCGCCAAUAUCCAGCAACUUCGCACAGCCAUUGAAGAGGAGUGGGACAACAUUCCACAGGCCACAAUCAACAGCCUGAUCAACUCUAUGCGAAGGAUGUGUCACGUUACAUGAGGCAAAUGGUGGUCACAGCAGAUACUGACUGGUUUUCUGAUCCACGGCCUAACCUUUUUUAAAAAGGUAUCUUUAUUCCCAGUCAUGUGAAAUCCAUAGAUCAGGGCGUAAUUAAUUUAUUUGAAUUGACUGAUUUCCUUAUAUGAACUGUAACUCAGUAAAAUCUUUUUGCAUUUUUGUUCAGUAUAUAUAAGCCUGUGUAGGUAUAGGAACUAAAGCAAGAUAGACUGUUAGGCUGAAUCCUAACAUGAGAUAUUUGCGUAUAACUCAAACUUUUGUGCAUACAUUCCAUUUACAUCAACAUAUGAUCGAAAAUAUUAUAUGAUGUAUAGAGUUACAUACACAUAUCUCAGGUUUGGCCUUCUGAGCGUGAGAAAUAGUAAAACCACUGCUUAUCGACAGGAAGUUGUGAAAAAAUUAAUGUAAUUUUGAUAGAUAUCUUGAAAUACUGUACAUAAUUUCCCUUUCAACUCGUGAAUAAAUAAUUGAUUGAAAUGGGCAAAAAGUAUUUAGGAUCCAACCUUGCCUCAACGAAUCCGAUUCUUACCCAUCUACUCAUAGCAAACCACUCUCACCACUAGACAAAUAAUUCACUCCACUUCAGUCUGUCUCACAAUCCUUACACACAGACAAUUCUAAAAUCGUUAAAUAUCCAAAACAUACCACCGACAUCCAUUGUCGUACAAUAUCAAAUAAAUGGGAACUACAGUAGGCUUCCGACUGCUUUGGGCUGACAAGGGGUUUGGAAAACCAACUCCUCUCCGAAUGUGCAUUUUGUGUUUCUCCUUUUUUGCAUCAUGGUGCUGAGGCAAGCAUCCCCGCAGGGGAGGGAAGGAGAGUGGGACAGGAAAUAAACUGGGUCUUGGCUUGCAGCUCAAUCGUCUGUGCUUUGGCUAGGCGUUUCCACAUAACAGCUCUCUCAACUGUGGGAGAACUAGUGUUUGUGAGUAUGUGUGUGUACAUUUGGGCGCAUGUGUGUCUGCAUGCAUGAACUAGACCAUUGCACUUCAGACAGUUAGCUAUAAUGACAAAUGAAGUGAUUGACACAGGAGGGGCAAAGACUAGAGCUCAGGGACCCUGUCACUGCCACAUUGAAGGCCUUGCUUUGUAGUGUUUUUCUUUUGAGGUGUUCAGAGUUGUUGUUUUUUUUGUUGUUUUUUUGCUGUUUUUCAAAUGCCAUUUCAAUGUGUUUCUACUGGAUAGGAGAAAUUGCUCCCUUGUGUGAUCCCAGAGCAAUGUUUUCAUACCUUUUCCUUCUCUUCUCUUACAAAUGGCACAUACUGAUAGCAUGGUCAUAAUGUCUGCCUCCUCCCCUUGACUUUUUCUACAUUUUGAUAGGUUACAGCCUUAUUGUAAAAUUGAUUAAAUUGUAUUUUUUCCUCAUCAAUCUACACACAAUAAACCAUCAUGACAAAGCAAAAACAGGAUUUUAGAAAAUGUUGCUAAUUUAUAUUAAAAAUAAAAAUUAUAUUAUGUUGAAGCACCUUUGGCAGCGAUUACAGCCUCGAGUCUUCUUGGGUAUGACGUUACAAGCUUGGCACACCUGUAUUUGGGGAGUAUCUCCCAUUCUUCUCUGCAGAUCCUCUCAAGCUCUGUCAGGUUGGAUGGGGAGCGUCGCUGCACAGCUAUGUUCAGGUCUCUCCAGAGAUGUUUGAUCGGGUUCAAGUCUGGGCUCUGGCUGGGCCACUCAAGAACAUUCUGAGACUUGUCCCGAAGCCACUCCUGCAUUGUCUUGGCUGUGUGCUUAGGGUCAUUGUCCUGUUGGAAGGUAAACCUUCGUCCCAGUCUGAGGUUCUGAGCGCUCUGGAGCAGGUUUUCAUCAAGGAUCUCUCUGUACUUUGCUCUGUUCAUCUUUACCUUAAUCCUGACUAGUCUCCCAGUCCCUGCCGCUGAAAAACAUCCCCACAGCAUGAUGCUGCCACCACCAUCCUUCACCGUAGGGAUGGUGCCAGGUUCCCUCCAGACAUGAUGCUUGGCAUUCAGGCCAAAGAGUUCAAUCUUGGUUUCAUCAGACCAGAGAAUCUUGUUUCUAAUGGUCUGAGAGUCCUUUAGGUGCCUUUUGGCAAACUCCAAGCGGGCCUUCAUGUGCCUUUUACUGAGGAGUGGCUUCUGUCUGGACACUACCAUAAAGGCCUGAUUGGUGGAGUGCUGCAGAGAGGGUUGUCCUUCUGGAAGGUUUUCCCAUCUCCACAGAGGAAUUCUGGAGCUCUGUCAGAGUGACCAUCGGGUUCUUGGUCACCUCCCUGACCAAGGCCCUUUUACCCCGAUUGCUCAGUUUGGCCAGGCGGCCAGCUCUAUGAAGAGUCUUGGUGGUUCCAAACUUCUUCCAUUUAAGAAUGAUGGAGGCCACUGUGUUCUUGGGGACCUUCAAUGCUGCAGAAAUUAUUUGGUACCCUUCCCUAUAUCUGUGCCUUGACAUGAUCCUGUCUCGGAGCUCUACGGACAAUUCCUUCGACCUCAUGGCUUGGUUUUUGCAUUGACAUGCACUGUCAACUGUGGGACCUUAUAUGGACAGGUGUGUGCCUUUGUAAAUCAUGCCCAAUAGAAUUUACCACAGGUGGACUCCAAUCAAGUUGUAGAAACAUCUCAAGGAUGAUCAAUGGAAACAGGAUGCACCGGAGCUCAAUUUCGAGUCUCAUAGCAAAGGGUCUGAAUACUUAUGUAAAUAAGGUAUUUAUGUUUUUUAUUUAUAAUAAAUGUGCACACAUUUAUGUUUUCACUUUGUCAUUAUGGGGUAUUGUGUGUAGAUUGAGGAAAAAAUUAUAAUUUCAUCCAUUUUAGAAUAAGGUUGUAACAUAACAAAAUGUGGAAAAAGUCAAGGGGUCUGAAUACUUUCCGAAUGCACUGUAUUCUGCAUCCUAGUGCUGUAUGUACUCUAUAAAGUUACCCAGUGGACACAAUUUGGAAUGGGAUGUCAUAGUGACAUACAUUUAGGUUAUAAACUGUUUUUUGGGGUUGUAGAGAAGCCAAAUGACCAGAUUACAACCAGGUAAAGAUGUCAGUCAUGACGAAAUUAAGACGGUCUGGGAAGGAUGGCCAGAUUGCAACUAUUUAAGGAUGUGUUUUUCUGGUCCGUAAAAAUAAGUAAAAAAAUGUAUUUUUAUCAGUAUACAACCUGACCAUUUACGUCACAAAAGACAUCAUUAUUACGUAAUUGCAACAUCUAUUUUUAUUUAUUUUUAGCGGGGCACAGUAUCAUAGAGGAAAUGAGAAAUACAGCCAGUCAUUGAUUUAGUGCCACAGCUGCAAUGGAGCAUUCAGCCUGUUAAAACUAGGCCCGGCCUGACCCAUCCACAGACUGUGGAGCUACUCCCUAUCCUUUCCCCCACAGCAUCCUCUGCAGGCAUUGUCAUAUUUAUUUUAAAGAUAAUUAAUGUGCACAAAGGAUCCCAGCCUACUGCGCCAUGCUGCACAAGAGAAAAGAGUCCCCAACCAAUUUGUUACACCAAAGCCACAAUGCCGCCUGUCUGCAAGAAUUAUUGGCCUUUAUUGUAGAGAAGAGAACCCUCUGAACACAUCUAUACGAGGAAGAGCAGAACAGAGAAGACUGGGGCUCCACGCUUUUCCUGUGAGCCUAAACACUCUGCUGCUUACCCUUUGUAACACAAUACCAAAGCAGACACAUAGAGCUGUGUGUGUGUCUGUGUGUGUAUCACUAUUUGAAAGCAUUUGAAAGCGAGGCAAGUCGUCACCUCUCAUAUCCAAUUCUACCGUCGUGCCCUUGAAUGCGGCAUACGACAACUCAAACGCAGCCAUUCAUAUCUUGGCAUCUCUGCCACCUCUGGCCCUGUUAGCCACUAAGGUUGGCAUUGGAAAAGCACACUGCUGAGCAGAGACAAUAUUUGAGAACUUUUAUCCGUCCAUGCAGCAGAGAGAGAGAAAAGCUCACUGGGAGUACAGGCUUGGGCUGCACCAGCAGGGAGCUGUCGAACAGAAUGAGCCGCCCUUAUUCCUCUCCUCUCCUCCACCCCAUCUCUCCUUCCCCUCUCGUUUCCUCCUCUCCUCCACCCCAUCUCUCCUUCCCCUCUCGUUUCCUCCUCUCCUCUAUCUCGUGUUUCAUCUGGUGCAGCCAGACAAGGCCAAGACAGGCAGUGACAUUGAACACCUCAGGACUAGGGGAGGUCACUGCUGCUGAGUCACACAGGAGAAAGGGGGUGACAGCACUACUGACUGCUUCUUUGGACUGUGAAAAGUGAAGUGUCAAGUGCUCACAAUGGAAUUGAGCCUAACCUAAAGGGAAGGCACAUUUUGAGGGGGGGGGGGGGGGUUACUGUCACAUACAGCGACUGAUGAAAAUAUUACAACUGUCAUAUAAGAUUAUUAUGUCAAAUAUGUAUAGAUGCUGUUCUUCUACUAAUCUCACUGCAACUCCCCUCCAAGUCUCCGACCACUACUUUGUAUCCUUUUCUCUCUCGCUCUCCUCCAACACUACUCACUCUGCCCCUAAUGCGCCGCCGCAACCUUCGCGCUCUCUCUCUCCCGCUACUCUCUCCUCUUCCAUCCUAUCAUCUCUUCCCUCUGCUAAAUCCUUCUCCCUCCGAUCUCCUGAUUCUGCUUCCUCAACCCUCCUCUCCUCCCUUUCUGCAUCUUUUGACUCUCCAUGUCCCCUAUCCUCCCGGCCGGCUCGGUCCUCCCCUCCUGCUCCGUGGCUUGACGACUCAUUGCGAGCUCACAGAACAGGGCUCCGGGCAGCCGAGUGGAAAUGGAGGAAAACUAGACUCCCUGCGGACCUGUCAUCUUUUCACUCCCUCCUCUCUACAUUCUCUUCCUCUGUUUCUGCUGCUAAAGCCACUUUCUACCACUCUAAAUUUCAAGCCUCUGCCUCUAACCCUAGGAAGCUCUUUGCCACCUUCUCCUCCCUGCUGAAUCCUCCUCCUCCUCCCCCUCCCUCCUCCCUCUCUGUGGAUGACUUCGUCAACCAUUUUGAAAAGAAGGUUGACGACAUUUGGUCCUCAUUUAUUAAGUCAAAUGACACCUGCUCACACUGACCUACCCUAUGCUUUGACUUCUUUCUCCCCUCUCUCUCCAGAUGAAAUCUUGCAACUUGUGACGGCCGGCCGCCCAACAACCUGCCCGCUUGACCCUAUCCCUUCCUCUCUUCUCCAGACCAUUUCCGGAGACCUUCUCCCUUACCUCACCUCGCUCAUCAACUCAUCCUUGACCGCUGGCCAUGUCCCUUCCGUCUUCAAGAGAGCGAGAGUUGCACCCCUCCUCAAAGAACCUACACUCGAUCCCUCCGAUGUCAACAACUACAGACCAGUAUCCCUUCUUUCUUUUCUCUCCAAAACUCUUGAGUGUGCUGUCUCUAGCCAACUCUCCUGCUAUCUCUCUCAGAAUGACCUUCUUGAUCCAAACCAGUCAGGUUUUAAGACUGGUCAUUCAACUGAGACUGCUCUUCUCUGUGUCACGGAGGCUCUCCGCACUGCUAAAGCUAACUCUCUCUCCUCUGCUCUUAUCCUUCUAGACCUAUCCGCUGCCUUUGAUACUGUGAACCAUCAGAUCCUCCUCUCCACCCUCUCAGAGUUGGGCAUCUCCGGCGCUGCUCACUCUUGGAUUGCGUCCUACCUGACAGGUCGCUCCUACCAGGUGGCGUGGCGAGAAUCUGUCUCCGCACCACGUGCUCUCACCACUGGUGUCCCCCAGGGCUCAGUUCUAGGCCCUCUCCUAUUCUCUCUAUACACUAAGUCACUUGGCUCUGUCAUACCCUGACAUGGUCUCUCCUAUCAUUGCUACGCAGACGACACACAAUUCAUUUUCUUCUGAUACCAGGUGGCGAAUCGCAUCUCUGCUUGUCUGGCAGACAUAUCAGUGUGGAUGUCGGAUCACCACCUCAAGCUGAACCUCGGCAAGACGGAGCUGCUCUCCCUCCCGGGGAAGGACUGCCCGCUCCAUGAUCUCGCCAUCACGGUUGACAACUCCAUUGUGUCCUCCUCCCAGAGUGCAAAGAACCUUGGCGUGACCCUGGACAACACCCUGUCGUUCUCCGCUAACAUCAAAGUGGUGACACGAUCCUGCAGGUUCAUGCUCUACAACAUUCGCAGAGUACGACCCUACCUUACACAGAAAGCGGCACAGGUCCUAAUCCAGGCACUUGUCAUCUCCCAUCUGGAUUACUGCAACUCGCUGUUGGCUGGGCUCCCUGCCUGUGCCAUUAAACCCCUACAACUUAUCCAGAACGCUGCAGCCCGUCUGGUGUUCAACCUUCCCAAGUUCUCUCAUGUCACCCCGCUCCUCUGCACACUCCACUGGCUUCCAGUUGAGGCUUGCAUCUACUACAAGACCAUGGUGCUUGCCUACGGAGCUGUGAGGGGAAUGGCACCUCCUUACCUUCAGGCUCUGAUCAGACCCUACACCCAAACGAGGGCACUACGUUCAUCCACCUCUGGCCUGCUAGCGCCCCUACAUCUACGGAAGCACAGUUCCCGCUCAGCCCAGUCAAAGCUAUUCGCUGCUCUGGCACCCCAAUGGUGGAACAAGCUCCCCCACGACGCCAGGACAGCGGAGUCACUGACCACCUUCCGGAGACACUUGAAACCCUACCCCUUUAAGGAAUACCUGGCAUAGUAUAAAAGUAAUCCUUCUAACCCCCCUCCCCCACCCCCCCAUAAAAAUUAAUAAAUAGUGGUUGUCCCACUGGCUAUCAUAAGUUGAAUGCACCAAUUUGUAAGUCGCUCUGGAUAAGAGCGUCUGCUAAAUGAUGUAAAUGUAAUGAUCAAUAGUAUGGGAGAUUUCCCAAGUGAAAUUAUCAUUAAGAAUGAAGUCUUAAUGGGAGCUAUUGCCUGUAACAGAGCUACAGUGUAUUCUCCUGUACAAGGCCAGUAUAUGCUUGUUCUACAUAACGCUGACCGGUGCUAUUUGUGAGGCUAUCAGGCUAUUAAUUGUCAGGCGGUGGUUGAAUAGCUCCCAGAUCACGGCUUAGCCUGAAACACUAUACACACAAUAAUCCACUUGAGCAGAUAACCUUGGAUCUGAGCCGUUCUGAGCUGUGGCCCUUACUUAAACAGAGGACGCUUGUCCUCAACUGGUCUUCGCUUGUCCUCAACUUGACCGUAACUGCGCUACAGUUUUCUAUGUGGAGGGAGGCAGAAGGGAAGCUAGGGUGUAUCUGAAAUGGUCAAAACUAGUGCACUAUAUAGUAAAUAGAGUGCCACUUUAAACAGCCUAUGAGGAAGGAGGCAGAAGGGAAGCUAGCUCAGCUCUCUGUACCAUUAGAAAGUAGAGGGAUAAUGAAAAUCAUGAGGUGCUCUCAUCUGACCCUCUGGUAUGACUUGAGCACAGGUGCUGGCCUUAAUGGUGUACUUGUGCUAUGGGUACAGGGAGGGCAUGCAGGCUCCAGGAUAUGUGUCUCAUGCGAAAAGCCUGGCACCAAAUUAAAAACCUUGACCCUCCUGCAGGCUGGGAAUAAUGAGGCUGACGCUGCAGCGAUUUCAUUUCAUUACUGUACAUGACAAAAAGGCCUGGUUCGAGCAUUACACACACACACACACACACACACACACCAGAGGCGCAGGAUUUUUAUCAUUGCAGUUGGUAUCUACUUAGCUCAUCAUUAAUUCAUUUUUUAAUGGGGAACAUUUACCAAGUGGAUUUAUAUUAAAAAUCAUGCAGGAAAUGUAACUGCUCCUCCUCAGUGCCAACCCCUAACUGGCCUGCUGUUCUGAAGUUUUACUGGGGAUGGAAGACAAUGAGAACUCCCUGUGUUCUAGAAUGUCAGUGCAGAUGUCAAGACUGGUUGGUCUUCCACUUGGGGAUUGGAAAAGACCAUGGGGCCUAGAUCAGUCUUUGGGCAGACAGACAUAGUCACAGACUGUCAGUGGUGGAAAAAGUACCCAAUUGUCAUACUUGAGUAAAAGUAAAGAUACCUUAAUAGAAAAUGACUCAAGUAAAAGUGAAAGUCACCCAGUAAAAUGCUACUUGAGUAAAAGUGUAAAAGUAUUUGGUUUCAAAUAUACUUAAGUAUCAAAAGUAAAUGUACCCAAUUUAGGACUGUAGUGAAGUAAAAGUUGUCAAAAAUAUAAAUAGUAAAGUAAAGUGCAGAUACCCCCAAAAACCACUUAUGUAGUACUUUCAAGUAUUUUUUACUUAAGUACUUUACACCACUGCAGAAUGUAUACCACUACCUGUGUUGUGUUUUUGCCUCACAUUUUCAUAUCCUGUGUGAUGUUAAUGUUAAAGCACAUUUCCUGGUAGUCAGAGUGACUCCUUCUAUUGUUCUUAGCACACAUACAGUGGACUCAAUCUGACAGCAAUCUGCAAACAGCAGCUGGUACAAGGUGCCAGAGAAAAGAGGGGUGAAAUAGCUCACCUUCAGGACAAACACGGAACGCUUUCAAGCAUACUCAAGAGGGAGUUGGUGCCAAGCUGGCACUGACAUGCUGUGAUUGUCAUCCAUGCAUACAAUGUGACCGGGCCACUCGGUCAUGUUUUUCUAUUUAACAACUAAUCACUGGUAAAUAUUGCCCCCGGAUUGGUCUAUUCAAAUCAAAUGUCAUUUGUCACAUGCCUCGUAAACAACAGGUGUUGACUAAUAGUGAAAUGCUUACUUAUGGGUCCUUUUCCAACAAUGCAGAGUUAAAGAUAACUAAAUAAAAAUAUAGAAAUAGUGAGAAGAGGAAUAAAUACACAGUGAUGGCUUUGCCUACCAGAGUACACUGCUGAGAGCCCAUUUAGCACAUGGUCACCCAAACCCAUAAUACAGACUUAUGAAGUCAAUGGCAAGCUUUUGGGGUAGGGGAGGGAUGCACGGAAGAUAAAAAAUAAGAAAACGGUUUGAUCUUUGUACACCACAACCAUGGGAGAAUAAUCCCUGAAAGCUAUCGGAGACUCUUUGUGCUCCGGGCUCAGUAGUCGACUUACUCCUCCGCAGCUGGGUGAUUAAGACUCCGUCUUGUGUAUUUUAGUCUGAUCCUCUAGCCAAGAGGGGAUAACACACAGGCCACCCUGCUGCUCUGUGUCAGCAUUCAUUGAAUUUCCUCACUGAUAUCUGUACCUUUUCCUCACACCACAGCGAGAGUGUAUUUAGGACAAUCCUGAGCGAUACAUCCAUUCAGUGGUAGGGAGGCUGUGUCUAAUUGAGAAACUGAUGGUGAGUGCAACAGGCAUGGCUGUAUAUCAGCAAUAAUUAGGAGAAAGCUCAAAUCCAAUUGUGGUUAAGCUGAACUGCACUGAUCUUGUAUAAUGUUAAGAGAAUGGAUGGCCAGAUGCAUAUUUAUCAGGUGAGCAGAGGAAUAAUAAUAAUUAGUCAUUUAGCAGACGCUCUUAUCCAGAGCGACUUACAGGAGCAAUUAGGGUUAAGUGCCUUGCUCAAGGGCACAUCGACAGAUUUUUCACCUAGUCGGCUCGGGGAUUAGAACCAGCGACCUUUCGGUUACUGGCACAACGCUCUUAACCACUAAGCUACCUAAGCUACCUAAUGUACAGUAAGCAGUAACUAUGAUGCAAAGCCAUUCAAAUGCAAAUAUGAACAGAGGGAAACUCCUUUUUACCUCAUAUCAGGAAGAAAUUAUGAGCCUCUAUGUUGGGAAGAAAAUAUUUUAUUACCAAGGCACAAUUCCACUGCUCUGCAAACACAGUUCUGUUUAUCAAUUUAGCAGAGCAUUCUGGUAGAAACUAAGGAUGUCGGAUCUUUUUGGACAGACUGCGUUUUUAUAAGUGGAAAAAAAUAUUUUUGUGAUAGUUCAAAGGGACAAUACAAUACACACCCCCAUGACUGAUGCAGAAAAACAGACAUCUCAUUUUAACCAGAGAUCACAACUGCUGACCACAGUACGUGUACAGUUGAAACCAUUUCGUUACACUAUUUUAGUGUGCUAUUUGUUUUAAUCAAAAUGAUAAACAUACUUAAUAAUUAUAGUUUGGUUUCUUUGUGAUUAAAUAAAACAAGCACCACUAUCCUUUGGGAUGAGGAAGUUACUUCAAAUAAUUAUUCGUACUGAGUGCCAGAAUGUAUCCAUCAUUAUCAUAAAAUGUGUUAAUGAAUACCAGGUAAACACCUGCAGAAAUAGGACUGUAUUGUUACUUUGUAUAAAUGUGUGUGUGUGUGUGUGCGCAAUGUGCCUAAACAUACAGUGAGGGAAAAAGUAUUUGAUCCCCUGCUGAUUUUGUACGUUUGCCCACUGACAAAGACAUGAUCAGUUUAUAAUUUUAAUGGUAGGUUUAUUUGAACAGUGACAGACAGAAUAACAACAAAAAAAUCCAUAAAAACGCAUGUCGAAAAUGUUAUAAAUUGAUUUGCAUUUUAAUGAGGGAAGUAAGUAUUUGACCCCUCUGCAAAACAUGACUUAGUACUUGGUGGCAAAACCUUUGUUGGCAAUCACAUAGGUCAGACGUUUCUUGUAGUUGGCCACCAGGUUUGCACACAUCUCAGGAGGGAUUUUGUUCCACUCCUCUUUGCAGAUCUUCUCCAAGUCAUUAAGGUUUCGAGGCUGACGUUUGGCAACUCGAACCUUCAGCUCCCUCCACAGAUUUUCUAUGGGAUUAAGGUCUGGAGACUGGCUAGGCCACUCCAGGACCUUAAUGUGCUUCUUCUUGAGCCACUCCUUUGUUGCCUUGGUCAUGUGUUUUGGGGUAUUGUCAUGCUGGAAUACCCAUCCACGACCCAUUUUCAAUGCCCUGGCUGAGGGAAGGAGGUUCUCACCCAAGAUUUGACGGUACAUGGCCCCGUUCAUCGUCCCUUUGAUGCGGUGAAGUUGUCCUGUCCCCUUAGCAGAAGAACACCCCCAAAGCAUAAUGUUUCCACCUCCAUGUUUGACAGUGGGGAUGGUGUUCUUGGGGUCAUCGGCAGCAUUCCUCCUCCUCCAAACACGGCGAGUUGAGUUGAUGCCAAAGAGCUCUAUUUUGGUCUCAUCUGACCAGAACACUUUCACCCAGUUCUCCUCUGAAUCAUUCAGAUGUUCAUUGGCAAACUUCAGACGGGCCUGUAUAUGUGCUUUCAUGAGCAGGGGGACCUUGCGGGCGCUGCAGGAUUUCAGUCCUUCACAGCAUAGUGUGUUACCAAUUGUUUUCUUGGUGACUAUGGUCCCAGCUGCCUUGAGAUCAUUGACAAGAUCCUCCCGUGUAGUUCUGGGCUGAUUCCUCACCGUUCUCAUGAUCAUUGCAACUCCACGAGGUGAGAUCUUGCAUGGAGCCCCAGGCCGAGGGAUAUUGACAGUUCUUUUGUGUUUCUUCCAUUUGCGAAUAAUCGCACCAACUGUUGUCACCGUCUCACCAAGCUGCUUGGCAAUGGUCUUGUAGCCCAUUCCAGCCUUGUGUAGGUCUACAAUCUUGUCCCUGACAUCCUUGGAGAGCUCUUUGGAGUUUGGAAUCUGAUUGAUUGAUUGCUUCUGUGGACAGGUGUCUUUUAUACAGGUAACAAGAUGAGAUUAGAAGCACUCCCUUUAAGAGUGUGUUCCUAAUCUCAGCUCGUUACCUGUAUAAAAGACACCUGGGAGCCAGAAAUCUUUCUGAUUGAGAGGGGGUCAAAUACUUAUUUCCCUCAUUAAAAUGCAAAUCAAUUUAUAACAUUUUUGACAUGCGUUCUUCUGGAUUUUUUUGUUGUUAUUCUGUCUGUCACUGUUCAAAUAAACCUACCAUAAAAAUUAUAGACUGAUCAUUUCUUUGUCAGUGGGCAAACGUACAAAAUCAGCAGGGGAUCAAAUACUUUUUUCCCUCUCUGUAUGUGUGCCUACUCUGCCUGAAUGUACAGUUGAAGUCGGAAGUUUACAUACACCUUCGCCAAAUACAUUUAUACUCAGUUUUUCACAAUUCCUGACAUUUAAUCCUAGUAAAAAUUCCCUGUCUAAGGUCAGUUAGGAUCACCACUUUAUUUUAAGAAUGUGAAAUGUCAGAAUAAUAGUAGAGAGAAUGAUUUAUUUAAGCUUUUAUUUCUUUCAUCACAUUCCCAGUGGGUCAGAAGUUUACAUACACUCAAUUAGUAUUUGGUAGCAUUGCCUUUAAAUUGUUUAACUUGGGUCAAAUGUUUUGGGUAGCCUUCCACAAGCUUCCCACAAGAAUUUUGGCCCAUUCCUCCUGACAGAGCUGGUGUAACUGAGUCAGGUUUGUAGGCCUCCUUGCACGAAAAAAGUUGCUAUCAGUCAGUUGCAUAUAGACUUAUAUCUAAAUGUUAAAAUAUAAUAUGAAUUAAUGAAUCACCAGGUGGUAAUAGGGUUCGUAAUAGUUCAAUUCUAGUUCAAAGGUCACAUUGAAAUCAGUGGUGGAGAGCAGAUACAUCUCAGGGGAGGACUAUCAAUUAGGGGCCAUGUUGCCAUAAUAUCAAAUGAAUACCAACCACUAGGUAGAAAAUAUACAUUAAAAGUGUAUUAUAAAUGCAAUGUAUUGUUAUUAUUUAUAUGACCCUGCCCUGCCUGCAACUACAAUGAUAAAUGAACAGUAUGCUCUCAUUUAAGUGGGAUGGAAAUUGAAAUGUUUUAUCAUUGGAAGGAAUGAAAGGAAAGAAGUUUCAGCCACUGGUGGUAAUCACAGUAAUCCAGUCUGUUCAGUUAGGGGCUCACAGCAACUCUAUAGGUCAGAAUGAAUCAGAGCAGAAUGCAUUAGCUGGACAACACAGACAAUGCAUAGCAAUGUGUUGUUUAGAAACAUAUAAGAUUUUGGCAGAACAUCAACAUCAUCCAUACCAAACGCAAAGGAGUGAAGUCUAGAAUAGAAUACAGAGACCACAGGAAACAAAUCUUUGGAGUUUUCAGAAACACAUUAUCUACUACAGUCUGUUGGAAUGAUCUCAUUGAAAGGCAAAUUGGACAUUUCCGGAGUUCUCCUAAUGUGUUUGCAGCUUUCCCCAUGACUCUUCUUUAUCAUCACCACACACAGACCUAACUGUAGAUUACUUUUAUUGCACUGUUCUGGUAUGUGACUGGGUGGCAGGUUGCCUAACGGUUAAGAGCGUUGGGCCAAAUCAAAUCAAAUUGUAUUUGUCACAUACACGUGUUUAGCAGAUGUUAUAGCGGGUGUAGCGAAAUGCUUGUGCUUCUAGCUCCGACAGUGCAGUAAUAUCUAACAAUUUCACAACAUAUACCCAAUACACACAAAACUAGGAAGGAAUGGAAUUUAAGAAUAUAUACAUAUAUGGACAAGUAAUGACAGAGUGGCAUGGACUAAGAUACAGUAGAAUAUUAUAGAAUAGAAUACAGUAUAUACAUAUGAGAUGAGUAGAGCAAAAUAUGUAAACAUUAUUUAAGUGACUAGUGUUCCAUUUCUUAAAGUGGCUAGUGAUUUCAAUAGGCAGCAGCAGCCUCUAAUGUGCUAGUGAUGGCUAUUUAACAGUCUGAUGGACUUGAGAUAGAAGCUAUUUUUCAUUCUCUCUGUCCCAGCUUUGAUGCACCUGUACUGACCUCGCCUUCUGGAUGAUAGCGGGGUGAACAGGCAGUGGCUCGGGUGGUUGAUGUCCUUGAUUAUCUUUUUGGCCUUCCUGUGACAUCGGGAGCUGUAGGUGUCUUGAAGGGCAGGUAGUUUGCCCCCGGUAAUGCGUUCGGCAGACCGCACCACCCUCUGGAGAACCCUGCGGUUGCGGGCGGUGCAGUUGCCAUACCAGGCGGUGAUACAGCCCAACAGGAUGCUCUCAAUUGUGCAUCUGUAAAAGUUUGUGAGGGUUUUAGGUGCCAAGCCAAAUUUCUUCCGCCUCCUGAGGUUGAAGAGGCUCUGUUACGCCAUCUUCACCACACUGUCUGCGUGGGUGGACCAUUUCAGUUUGUCUGUGAUGUGUACGCCAAGGAACUUGAAGCUUUCCACCUUCUCCACUGCAGUCCCAUCGAUGUGGAUAGGGGGGUGCACCCUCUGCUGUUUCCUGAAGUCGACGAUCAUCUCCUUUGUUUUGUUGACGUUGAGUGAGAGUUUUUUUUCCUGGCACCACACUCCCAGAGCCCUCACCUUCUCCAUGUAGGCGGUCUCGUCAUUGUUGGUAAUCAAGCCUACUACUGUUGUGUCGUCUGCAAACUUGAUGAUUGAGUUGGAGGCGUGCUUGGCCAUGCAAGGCGAAUCCCUGAGCCGACUAGGUGAAAAAUCUAUCCUUGAGUGAGUCAAUGAACCCUAUAAUUGAAAGAGAGUGUCUGCUAAAUGAUUAAAAUGUAAAUGUCAUUGCUCCAUCACUGGUUUACCGGUAUCAACAAUACCAUGUACAGUAACUCUGGUGUUUUGGCAACAACAAUGCAAGUGAUUUCUGUAUCAUAUUCAUCAUCUCUAAUCAACAUGCAUCCCACUUGGCACAGAUGUCAAUUCCACAUUGGUUCAACAUAAUUUCAUUGACAUGACUUGGAAACAAAGCUGAUUCCACCAGUGUGUGCCCAGUGUGAUGGAAGCCAAAAGGCUCCACUGCUCUCCUUGGUUGGAACAUUGGAACUGUGAUGACUUGAGGCCGGUCUGACAGAUUGACAUGGCUGGUUAGAGUUUUAAAAUGUACUGUAAAGCCUGAUUAGAUUGUCCAUAAUGGAUUAUGGGGCUUGACAGUCUAUCAGUCUAUGAUCUGAAGUGACAGAUGCCAAGUCCACUCAAAUGUCAUCAACAGCAUUCAUGUCUCUCUACUACACUGUCAUUUCCUCUCAUUUUAACGGCUUGUGUGUGUGUGUGAGCGUGCGUGUGUGUGCGAGCGUGUGUGUGCAUUGCUACUGCAGCUCUCUGGGGAGAUGCACUCGCUUCUUUCGCUGUUCGCUGGCCGCCUACUGGAGGAGGUCAAAGUCAUUUGCACCUCCUCUGGGUGGCUUUACACCAGGGCGAUCCCUGGCGUCCGGUGGUCAGUGAUAACGGGGCUUUAAAAGCCCUCAGGGUUCCCUUAGAGAAAUGGCCUGUUUUUUUAAAUACUGCUUUGGAAAAAAAGGUAAAAAUGUAAUAUGAAAAAAAUUAAUGGGAGGGUGGAAGAGAAAGAAGGGAAAAAACGUAAGACUGAAGGAAAAAGAGAGAAAAUGGGAGAAAUUAGCAUUGGCAGUAGAAGUAGCAAAAAUUAUACCACUUGUGACAUUUUUCGCUUUCAUUGUCAGCUGAAGAUGCAAUUUGAGCUCUACCUCCUCGACAGCUAAAUGUUAACAACUUCCUUUUCACUGUUCAAGAAAAUAACCUCUUAAGUCGGAGUACCAGUUCAGUCAAGGAGGCCUGAGCCUGUAGAUGUAUAUUAUAACAACAAUUCCUCCUCAAAAAUUGACCCUUAACUAAUAAAUGGUUGAUGAUUGAUCCUAUAUCUACAUCUGAUCAAUUGAUCAUGUAUCCAAAUCUAGGAUCAACAGGCUUAUAGGAAGCUAAUGCAACAGACGCAGACACAACAACUCAGUGUUUCCAUACUGUCGUGUUCAGACUGACGACAGUGACGUGGGCGUACUGGGACAUGUUAAUGGGUCCGACCGUGCAGCAAAUGGGAGCUGGCAGAUCGUGGGCUAG